UGAUGAGGAGGCUUCCUACUCUGAGUUCUAUCCCAUCAUCCCCGGUGAUGUGAUGUCGGUCAAGGAGAUCCUGAACAUCGGCAAAUUCCCACGCCACAGGACAUGGUAUGUUGAGAAGAGUUACAAAGGUUUUAGGGUGUAAGGUAUAUACAGUAACACAGUAAGCCUUGUCCGAACCAGAACAGUGCAUAGGGCAGGAUCCUAUCUACUGUUUCUGUAGCGUGAGGCAGCUUGAUGUACAAGCACACCCCUCGUAUAGGACGCUAGUCAAUACAAUACAAUCGGUACAAUUCCUGACAACUAAAUUAUGAUUCUGAAAUGCAUUAAUGCACCAACAACUGCCCGUUGAAACAAGAGCAUCCUGAGGUAAGAUCAAUUAAUGUUAUUAAGAAACAAUGUGUCAAAUUGGUGGCAAAGUCAGAGUUGAGGCAAAGUUCAAACUCAACCGUCUCAACCUGCAACACUUCAACGAGCACAAAGCAAAGACAUCUCUGCUGCAUCUUCUCCUGACUAAUUCAUCCCUACCUGGCAGUGUUUCCAGGCUUAUCUCUCCUCUGUAGAGCAGACCCAGAGUGAGGUGUGGGGUGGUCUAGCGGUCUAGAUCGCUGCCUCCAGAAUACAUGUACCGGUGCUCACUUGGGUUUGAAUCUGAUCGACUGCAUACUCUCUUGUUCUACUUUUCCUGUUGCAAUCACUUCUAUGUACAGUGGGGGGGAAAAGUAUUUAGUCAGCCACCAAUUGUGCAAGUUCUCCCACUUAAAAAGAUGAGAGAGGCCUGUCAUUUUCAUCAUAGGUACACGUCAACUAUGACAGACAAAAUGAGAAAGAAAAUCCACAAAAUCACAUUGUAGGAUUUUUAAUGAAUUUAUUUGCAAAUUAUGGUGGAAAAUAAGUAUUUGGUCAAUAACAAAAGUUUCUCAAUACUUUGUUAUAUACCCUUUGUUGGCAAUGACACAGGUCAAACGUUUUCUGUAAGUCUUCACAAGGUUUUCACACACUGUUGCUGGUAUUUUGGCUCAUUCCUCCAUGCAGAUCUCCUCUAGAGCAGUGAUGUUUUGGGGCUGUUGCUGGCCAACACAGACUUUCAACUCCCUCCAAAGAUUUUCUAUGGGGUUGAGAUCUGGAGACUGGCUAGGCCACUCCAGGACCUUGAAAUGCUUCUUACGAAGCCACUCCUUCGUUGCCCGGGCGGUGUGUUUGGGAUAAUUGUCAUGCUGAAAGACCCAGCCACGUUUCAUCUUCAAUGCCCUUGCUGAUGGAAGGAGGUUUUCACUCAAAAUCUCACGAUACAUGGCCCCAUUCAUUCUUUCCUUUACACGGAUCAGUUGUCCUGGUCCAUUUGCAGAAAAACAGCCCCAAAGCAUGAUGUUUCCACCCCCAUGCUUCACAGUAGGUAUGGUGUUCUUUGGAUGCAACUCAGCAUUCUUUGUCCUCCAAACACGACGAGUUGAGUUUUUACCAAAAAGUUAGGAUGCCAUGAAAAGCGUAUAAGCCAAAGCAAUCUCUGCAUUCUCCCGCUCCACCAUCCAUGAGAAAGAUAGGAUCAAGUUCCACUGGCGCUGGGCCUUGAGUUCAAGGGCCGUCCUUUUGAAGCAUCAGAGAUUGACAAUAAACCAAGAUUCCGUUCAUGUCUUUUUUUCUCUUCACUCUUCUUCUUUGUCAUUUAAAACUCCAGCUGCUCUAUGACCUCAUAUACUGGCUCAAUAAUUUUAUAUGUGAUGCCAAUAAACUAAACAAUAAUCCCGGAUGACAAUUUAGUUGAGGGCUUAUUAACGAACAAAGACGUUAUAGAGGAGGGAGGGAAGAGAAAUGAGCUGCGGAGGAGGUGAAUGUGAUGAUGUAGGGUGCAUCUUUCAUUUAAAGAUUACAUCACAAGCUUGGGGAUUUAAUAACCACCUGUCAUGGUAGAGGAUGUUAUACAUCUCAAAGUAAAUAGGGCUCCAGACUGGAAGGUUUAGGUCACAGUAAACAGGAAGGCAAGGGGGACAUGGCGUCUCAUAACACGAUUUGCUUGGCAGAAACCCUUAUCCAGGGGCACCUUGCCAUGUCCCUAUUUUUCAAGUGGCUGAUAAUGUGAUCAAUGUGAUUCAAUGUGAUUCAAUAUCAGACUCAGGCAACAGUUCAUUUUGCAGGAGCAGAGGGUGUACUUUACUUCAGCUUGAAGCUGGGGUUUUCUAAGCCCAUUUAAAAGGAGUUAGAUUUGGCACCUCCAAGUAUAAUGUAACUGUAAAAAAUGGUUGAAACAAAACAUCAAGACCUUUUAGGCCCUUGAGGACCUCAACUCUAACAACCGGUCAGGCCAUGCCAUCACCGUACAUUAUUGAAAGUAUGUUGACCAGUAAAAAUGAAUUAACUAAUCUUUGAUUAACAAAAAAUAUGCUUGUUUGAUCUAUUCAAGGUAUGUCAAAGCAGUAUGAACCACGAAAAGUAAACGCACUGAAGUGAACUGUCACACAGUGCUAUGAACUCUGCUUCCUCUCUAACUAGAAAGCCAAGAAAGUUAAAGAAGCUAUCUGGCAGUCACUUGCAGUGGUGAAUAGAGAGAUCGAGUGAAGAGGACCUUUUCUCCUUUAGAAAAGAGGACGUGUUUGACAACAGGAAGAUAAAGAUGCAGACUGAGAGGAAGUGUAAAAAAUAAAGGAAAGUUGUGGAUCACUUGAGAGAAAGCCCAUGCAUCUGACAGCAGUACUAAACCUCAGCUGUGCAGAUGUGUUUGCAUCUCGUUGGCAUCUGAGUGGCAUGCUUUUUCAUGCCCUCUCGUCCUGCCAUCAAGUGAGUGCCAUCCAGACCUCAACCUGCUAACGUGCUUAGCUCUAAUUCAAAGGCCCGGGCUCACCUUUUUAUUUCUCUGCCUAGUAAUCCCUUUUGCUCAGACAUUAACAAGGUCUUUCUCCCUUCCGAAGUAUAUUUGCUGCAUGGAAACCUAAAGCCGUUCCCCCCAGGAGAGGUGACGGAUAGAAAGGGGAUAUUUUUGGGAGGAGAGAGUAAAGCCAGGAAUUAUGAAAUCCCCCUUGGGUGAAUUUGGAAGGAUAUGGGGAUAGAUUCUAAACCCCUUCAUGGAUUUGUUGAGUCUAUUUCUGGGACACCUGAACGAACACCCCGGGAUACGAGAUUGGCAUGACAUUUGUUUUUAUUCGAUAACAAUGUGAACACGAUGCUCUCUCUCUCUCUAACCCCCAAUUAGAGGUGUGAGAAGAUGAUUGACAUGUUUACUCUUGUUUCACUUCUCUCUAUUUCCCUAUCUCCCUUGCUCUUUCCUGCAACUCCCACCCUCCUGUCUGAGAGGAGAGUGUAAAUUCAAUACAGUAUGUAUAUUCGCUGGAUGACUCAAAGGACUUAGCUCUUUUGACUGGAGGUCAAUACAAUUCCAACACCGUGAAAUGAUCUUCAAAUGUGCACUUGGUGCAGAUUAAGCCAUAACACUGCAGUUUCAGAUGGAUGUAUUUAUUGCCCAGCCUCGACUGACAUCCACACAGUCAGAGAUAAAAAAGGUCUGGCUGUUUAAAUCAGCCCUGCAGCACUGAGUGUUUGUGUGGCACGUGUGUGAGUGUGUCUGUGUGCGUGUGAAAUACAUGCAUGCGUGCUUGUGUGUGUGGGUACAUGAGUGCGAGUGUGCAUCUGUGUGAGAAUGUGUGAUCACAAGUACAUACACUGACUGUACAAAACAUUAGGAACACCUGCUUUUUCCAUGACAUAGACUGACCAGGUGAAUCCAGGUGAAAGCUAUGAUCCCUUAUUGAUGUCACUUAAAUCCACUUGAAUCAAUGUAGAUGAAGGGAAGGAGACAGCUUAAAGAAGGAAUGUUAAGCCUUGAGACAAUUGAGACAUGGAUUGUGUGUGUGUGCCAUUUAGGGGGUGAAUGGGCAAAAUCAAAGUGCCUUUGAACGGGUUAUGGUAGUAGGUGCCAGGCGCACUAGUUUGUGUCAAGAACUGCAACGCUGCUGGGUUUUUCACGCUCAACAGUUUCCCGUGUGUAUCAAGAAUGGUCCACCACCCAAAGGAUAUCCAGCCAACUUUGGGAAGCAUUGGGUUUUUCACGCUGAACAGUUUCCUGUGUGUCUCAAGAAUGGUCCACAACCCAAAGGACAUCCAGCCAACUGUGGGAAGCAUUGGAGUCAACAUGGGCCAGCAUCCCUGUGGAAAUCAAUAUUAGGAAGGUGUCCUUAAAACCUGUUAAGGAUCGGACCCUUUUUUUCCAUUUUCUCCUAAAAUGACAUACCCAAAUCUAACUGCCUGUAGCUCAGGACUUGAAGCAAGGAUAUGCCUAUUCUUGAUACCAUUUGAAAGAAAACACUUUGAAAUUAAUGUAGGAUAAUAUAACACAUUAGAUCUGGUAAAAGAUAAUACAAACAAAAAAACAUGCGUUUUCUAUUUUUUUCAUCUUUGAAAUGGAAGAGAAAGGCCACAAUAUAAUAUUGCAGGUUAGGCUCAAUUUAGAUCCUGGCCACUAGAUGGCAGCAGUGUGUGUGAAGUUUCAGAUUGAUCCAGUGAAGCAUUGCAAUACUGGACUAUUUUGUAUCAAGUCUGCCCAAGUGUGCCGAAUUGGUCAAUUGAUACAUUUUCAAGUACAUAACUAUAGAGAACAUACAAAAAUGAUAUGGUAAUACAAAAUGUAUGUUUACACACUACCAGGAAUGUCAUACAUGAUGGAUAAUUAGCUUAUACACUAACUUUCACACAUCUAGAUGGCCGGGCGGGGUGGGUGUGGUGCCAGAGACAGCAGGGAUUCAAACUGUAGAACCCAGUUCCUACAUUUGAAUAUAAAAAUGGAUUUUAUCAUACAAAACUAUGCUACAUUUUAUCUCUGGGACACUUAGGAUGACAAAUCAGAGCAAGAUUACUGAAUGUAAGUACAUUAUUUACUUUCACAGGUGAAUGUAUCAAACCAGUUGCCGUGAUACGUUUUCUGUUGUUGUGCACUCUCCUCAAACAAUAGCAUGGUCUUUUUUCACUGUAAUAGCUACUGUAAAUUGGACAGUGCAGUUAGAUUAACAAAAAUUUCAGCUUUCGGCCCAUAUAAGACAUGUAUAUGUCCUGGAAAGUUUGCUGUUACUUACAACAGUCAUGCUAAUCACAAUAGCACACGUUAGCUCAACUGCGAUCCCGUAGAGGUUAAUGUUUGGUACACUCAGUGUAUGUGCAUGCAUGCAUAAAUGACCACUUUUACAAUCACGCAUGUGAAAAUGAGUAAAUGAGUGUAACUGAAAAUGUGUGUGUCGCAAUGUGUGUGUGUGUUCACACUACCAAUCUCAGAGGACUAUCAUUGUCGGUCAGUCAGGACACCAGGAUCGACACCCCUCUGUAGAUGAGAGAGCCUAGGAGUGUGUGAUAAAAGACAGAUGGAGACCUUGAUCGGGGCAUGUGUGGGGCGGGAUGGGCCACCAAUCAAAGUGAAUAACUGAAUAUCAACAUAUCAACAUUGCAUAAGAACCAGGGCAAUGACACAGCAGUCUUGACUAUACUGUAGCACAGCUCAGUAGUGAUUCUCUUGAAAUCAAGCUAUAGACCAAUGAGGCUAUACACUGAGUGUACAAAACAUUAAGAACACAACAAUAUUGAGUUGCACCCCCUUUUCCCCUCAGAACCGCCUCAAUCCGUCUGGGCAUGGACUCUACAAGGUGUCUAAAGCGUUCCACAUCGAUUCUGGCCCAUGUUGACUCCAGUGCUUCGCACAGUUGUGUCAAGUUGGCUAGAUGUCCUUUGAGCGGUGGACCAUUCUAGAUACACAUGGGAAACUGCUAAGCGUGAAAAACACAUCAGCGUUGCAGUUCUUGACACAAACCGGUGCACCUGGCACCUACUACCAUACCCCGUUCAAAGGCACUUAAAUAUUUUGUGUUGCCCAUUCACCCUCUGAAUGGCACACAAAUACAAUCCAUGUCUCAAUUGUCUCAAGGCUUAAAAAUCCUUCUUUAACCUGUCUCCUCCCCUUCAUCUACACUGAUUGAAGCAGAUUUAACAAGUGACAUCAAUAAGGGAUCAUAGCUUUCACCUGGUCAGUAUAUGUCAUGGAAAGAGCAAGUGUUCAUAAUGUUUUGUACACUCAGUGUACAUCCAGCAUAUUGAGCAUCAUUUUCUCUCACCGAAUCGCCAGGGGCUGACAUAUGCUAUCUAAAAAAAACAGAUCAUAAGCAGAUAUACAGUAUGUCAGAUUGUUAGAUUCCACCCCAGGAGAUUUUCCCGGGCUAAUGUUAGCUCAUGUUGAGUCGCAACAUGCUUUUGUAAUACUUCUGCAAUGCGGCAUUUAUCAUUAUUGCAUUGCUGCCGUUGAUUGUGUUUCAUGUGUGUUCUGGGUUUCAUUUGCAUUGAGACCUGUAAAUGAAGCCUGCAAGGCUACUACCCUCUUUAAUGACUACAAAUGACAAUCCCAACUAGCUCUCACAAUCUCACGUCACAUUUAGACCUUCAUCCAUGUUUCUCAAAAGUCAAAUAUCAGUUGUUCCAAACGUCAAAGUGUUUAAGUUUAAGUUUAGGCAUUAACUACACAUUUUUAAGGUUAGGGUUAAGUUUAGGCAUUAACUCGAAAUCUUAAGGUUAGGCAUUAACUCUGAAUGGUUAAUGGUUAAGGUUUGGGAUAGGCUUAAAAUGUAAAUCUGAAAAACAACUUUGUAUCGCUGGAUUCGAACAUGCAACCUUUGGUACCAGAGGCAGAUGCUUAUGCAUAUCAAACAUCCCUGUCCACAAUGCCUUAGCAAAACCAAAACCUAUUUGAAGGUGAUAUAUUGUAUAGGCUGUAUUCUUUGUGCUUUGUCCAAUUUGUCCUUUCCUCCUUCUUCCUUCAAUGACAUCCUCACAGCUAAACUGUAAUCUCAGUGAGGCUGCAGUGUUGCCUUGACAACAACAUUUGUUGUUCAUGGUCUUGUUUCUGCUCUUGGCUUUUUGGGGUGGCUUGAUCAAUGCGUUUGUCAGCAGACAACAAGAAAAAUAUGUGUAUUGAGUCUCUAUUGAGUGCAACACAAUAUAACUACAGUAUUGGCAAACCUACAGUACAUGCACCAAUACUACAAUAUCAGUGAUCUAUUAUAAAAUUAUGUAUAUGUAAGGUGUCCAUAUUAGGACCAUAUAAAUAUAAUUAUAAACUGGGUGGUUCGAGCCCUGAAUGCUGAUUGGCUGAAAGUCGUGGUAUAUCAGACCGUAUACCAUGGGUAUGACAAAACAUUUAUCUUUACUGUUCUAAUUACGUUGGUAACCAGUUUAUAAUAGCAAUAAGGCACCUCGGGGGUUUGUGGUAUAUGGCCAAUAUACCACGGCUAAGGGCUGUAUCCAGGCACUCUGCGUUGUGUUGUGCAUAAGAACAGCCCUUAGCUGUGGUAUAUUGGCCAGAUACCACACCCCCUCAUCCGUUAUUGCUUAUUUAUAUUUUUAUGAUUAGGACAGCCUCAGUGUCACAAGGAGUUGGUGUAUGUACUGUAUGUACGUUUGCCAAUAGACCUUUUCUCAGAGGUUUUCUAACAGAGAAUGUCUUGGUGCUCUGGUCCAAUAGGGAUGUCUUGAAGGAGACCAUGGCAGCGGAUGAGCAGGGUCUGAGAACUGGAGAGAAGUGGACCCUGUUUGGAAAUGAGGCUGAGAAGGUGGAGGUGGAGGUGCUCAGGGAACAGCAUUAUAUCCGCCAACGCUGUGACCGCAUGGCCUUGCGUAGGCAGGUAAGAGUCUGCUCUGAUCUCAUCACAUACAGAUAUACACGGACACUCCGGACACUGAAUUAUAGGCCUACAUUAUUGUGAAUUCAGUAGGGCCAAACGCAUAAAAACAGUUGCCCAGUUGAAAAUCAACAUGGUCUCAUUUAACCUUUGUAGUUAUAUGUUGCAACGCUGACAUUCCUACAUUUCCCCAUGGCUUACUGAGAUUUUGAAGUUUCUUUGCCUUAUGUCAGUUGACCAGUAAUUGGUAGUACUGUAAGUGCACUUGAAUACCAGCUGUGUCUAUCUGUGUUCCAGGCUGAGCAGAAGGCUUCCAUCCAUUUGAAGUAUCUGGAGGACCUGAGUCAGAAAGCCCCAGACUUCCCUAUUCCGCUGAGAGCCCACAUGGUGUGGGAGAGCAUGGGGGUCAAACUCUCCUGCACCGUCCAGGGAUGCCCACCUCCACGGGUCACCUGGUGAGCACUCACACUCAAGGCUAAUGACCUCCAUUGAACAUCAAUCAAUCAAUCAAUCAAUUUUAUUUUAUAUAGCCCUUCUUACAUCAGCUAAUAUCUCGAAGUGCUGUACAGAAACCCAGCCUAAAACCCCAAACAGCUAGUAAUGCAGGUGUAGAAGCACGGUGGCUAGGAAAAACUCCCUAGAAAGGCAAAACCUAGGAAGAAACCUAGAGAGGAACCAGGCUAUGAGGGGUGGCCAGUCCUCUUCUGGCUGUGCCGGGUGGAGAUUAUAACAGAACCAUGCCAAGAUGUUCAAAAAUGUUCAUAAGUGACAAGCAUGGUCAAAUAAUAAUCAGGAAUAAAUCUCAGUUGGCUUUUCAUAGCCGAUCAUUAAGAGUUGAAAACAGCAGGUCUGGGACAGGUAGGGGUUCCAUAACCGCAGGCUAUCUCUGAAGACAGAUAGGUUAUUAUAUAGCUACACAGGUUUUGUCAUGUUAACCUUUGAUUCCUGAAUGGAAUAUUGCUCUGAUAUUUGUGGGAGAAAUUACCUGAUUUGCUUCAGUAUUAGCCUUGGCAAUGUGUGUAACUGUCACCCUUGAUAAGUAGAUGCACUAAAAGACUAGCUGAUGAAAAUAAUAUGUGUUCAGUAUUCAUGACCUGAGCAUAGUCAGAGCUGUGGAUCAGAUGACCUGCGGAUCAUUAUUUUAACAAUCCCAGAUGGGACGCAUGCAUUCGACUGAGACGAAGCUCAAGGAGAAAUCUGAGAUCAAAAGCCAUCUAUAUGCUAAAGGUGUCAUGUUAGCUGUUGCAUAACAUAGAUUAGCAUAAUUAGCAACGGGCAGGAACAUGGAAAGCAUAACAGUGGUCAUGUUUAAAUUUCAUUGGGAUUUUUGUUAGUUUACACCUAGACAUUGGGACUGUUAUUAACUCUCUCCUUCCCAGGUACAAGGACGGGGUACCUCUGAGUGCCUAUGGCCAGGCCUGGAACUACAGUCUGAAACAGAAGUUUGGCCUCAACUCGCUGGAAAUCAGAAGGUAACUGAAAGGAUUUGCAAAUGUAUGCGUUUAGCACCCUGCUGUUCAUUACGUUGUAGUUACUUCCACUCCCCUCUUCCAUUUCCUCCCCCUUCCUUCUGAGUGAAUACGAGAGUGAACUAUAGUGUCUUCAGAAAGUAUUCACAACCCUUGACUUAUUCCACAUUUUGUUGUGUUACAGCCUGAAUUUAAAAUGGAUUAAAUAAAAUAAAUGUCUCACCCAUCUACACAUAAUACCUUGAGUACUUUAGUGCCUUGUUGCAAACAGGAUGCAUGUUUUGGAAUAUGUUUUAUUCCAUACAGGCUUCCUUCUUUUCACUCUGUCAAUUUGGUUAGUAUUGUGGAGUAACUACAAUAUUGUUGAUCCAUCCUCAGUUUUGUCCUAUCAUAGCUAUUAAUUCCUGAGCGGCUUCCUUCCUCUCCAGCAACUGAGUUAGGAAGGACGCCUGCAUCUUUGUAGUGACUGGGUGUAUUGAUACACCAUCCAAAGUGUAAUGAAUAACUUCACCAUGCUCAAAGGGAUAUUCAAUAUCUGCUUUUCUUUAUUUUUACCCAUCUACCAAUAGGUGCCCUUCUUUGCGAGUCAUUGGAAAACCUGCCUGGUCUUUGUGGUUGAAUCUGUGUUUGAAACGUACUGCUCAAACUGAGGGACCUUACAUAUAAUUGCAUGUGUGGGGUACAGAGAUUAGGUAGUCAUUCAGAAAUCAUGUUAAACACUAUUAUUGCACACAUGCAACUCCAUUUGACAUUUUAGUCAUUUAGCAGACGCUCUUAUCUUACCUUUCGGUUACUGGCACUACGCUCUUACCCACUAAGCUACCUGCCGCCCAUGCAACUUAUUUUGUGACUUGUUAAGCACGUCUACUCCUGAACUAAUUUAGACUUGCCAUAACAAAGGGGUUGAAUACUUAUUGACUCAAGACGUUUCAGCUUUUCAUUUUUAAUCAAGUUGUUCAAAUUUCUAAAAACAUAAUUCCACUUUGACAUUACAGGGUAUUAUGUGUAGGCCAGUGACAAAACAUCUACAUUUAAUCAAUUUAAAAUUCAGGCUGUAACACAACAAAAUGUGGAAAGAGUCAAGGGGUGUUAAUACUUUCUGAAGGCACUGUACAUGAGAAUGUUGAGAAUGUGAUUUAGCUUUGGGCUCAGCCUGGAGCCAAGAUGGCGGCACAAACACAUGAGUCACCAUUCUUCCCCAUCCCCAGGUGCUCUGUUGAGGAUGCUGGGGAGUACAAGGUGGUUGCCAAGAGUUCUCUGGGUGAAGCUACUACCAUUGCCACUCUGGUGGUCAACUGUAAGUAGCUGCUGAUUCUGACAACUUUCAUGGACAUGUUAUUCCUAAUAUGGACACCGUACAUGCAGAUUGCUCCUCUGCCUCAAAUGGGUAACCAUGUCACAUUUCCCCUUUGCUGCUCCAUACUAGUCCAUACUUGUUUUACUCAUGUGAGACAACCUAAGGGGAUGCUCAUUCAUACUUCUAUGGGAUCUAAAUCACCAUUCAUCCUUACCAAUUAUUUCCAAUUAAUCUUGAUCCAGUUUCCAUCUGUAGUGAUGGUUUGCACCUAGAGGACUGGGGUUCUAUACCAUAUCAAUAGCCUACACCUUCAAUCUAAACUAAUUAGUGCAAUACAUAACAUGCCAUUAUGAGUAAUAAAACACGUGUAGCCUAGCGGUUAGCGCGUUGGGCCAGUAACCGGAAGGUUGCUGGUUUGAAUACCUGAGCAGACAAGGUGAGAAAUCUGUUGAUUUGCCCUUGAGCAAGGCACUUAACCCUAAUUUUCUCUGGGGGUGCUGUACUACUAUGGCUGACCCUGUAAAACAACACAUUUCACUGCACCUGCAAAACAUCUUAUUAUUAAGACCAAAAUACAGUGUCUGUAGUCUACUGCCCACAUGAACAGAACUUUGUGCCAUUUGCUACACCACCACAACAACACUGUUGACAGCAGGGAUGUUAAUAAUAUUACAAGAUUAAUUAAUUAAACUUUUCCCCCAGCUUCUUAAUGGCCUUUUCUUCCUAGAAAGAGUGUGAGGGUGCCCUGACAAUCCCGGGCCACUCCUUCUCCUCGUAGAUCAAUUAAAUGGCGAAGGAGUAAUGAGACACUUCAAGGGGCAAAGAGCUUCUAUUCACCUAUCAUCCAUAUUUCACAUGCUCACAUUCUCCUUCGAUUGUUUAAAAUAGGUUAAAGGGAAUAUUAGUUGUGACGUGUAUAAAAUUGGCGUUUGCCAGGAUUGAUUUGUCUCUCUUUCUCUCUCCUUUCCCUCUCUCUCCCCCUCUGCACUCUCCCCACCCCUCUCUCUCCUCCUUGUUCCCCCACUCCACAAUUCAGCAUAUCAAGGAGCCAAGGCCGCAAUCGAAAAAUCCUGGACCCCAAGUAAGUUUCAUGAAGCGUCUAAUGAAAAAUGUCCUUUUAAAUUUCUCUGCUACCUUUUGAAGUUCCCUCUCUUCUCCUACGCAAAGACUGAGCCUUUGAAGACACUGACACAACUCUGAGGCUCUGCUGCAUGUGCUCGGAAAUGUUUUGGCUGGGUUGGAUGGCAAGGGGAUGCUUAUGGUUCAUCGGAGUGUGUGUGUGGGGCAUGUGUGUGUGUAUGUGCUUGUGUGCAUGAGUGUGCAUAUGUGGGCCUGUAUAUAAAGGAGUUGAUUGGGAGGGGUAGGUGAAUGAAUCGCUACAUUUCAGCGCCAGUCAGAGUCAUGUAUAUUUCAGCACAGAGAGAGAGUGUGCGAUUUGUUCACUUUUGCUGGCAGCUUUGGCGCCCUAUACAUAUUAGCUAUGGCACUCUCCCACCAAGAUAUUUAGCUAGUAGAGAGGCUGGUGGCACCCACAGGGAGACCAUGAGUAGUGAUUAGACACUGACUAAUAACCAACAUAAUAUUCAUCUAGAUUGUUUAGCACUGCUGUUUUGCCUUAGUAAAUGACUUGCUCUUCGUAGAUUGUGUCAGCAUCACACACAACUGGAUAAAACUGUUAUUGACAAUUACAAACUCACUGUUUAAAGUGGUGUGCAAGUCACAAUCAAUGGACUCAGACAGUGGUGUCCUCUGCAUUUUUUUAAUGAAAUAGCGAACAUUCUGAAUGAAGCUUUAUCAGCAUGUAAUGCCAUCCCAUACUCACUUGCUGAGGAGAAAAUGGGAUUUGAAUUGCAGAAUGACAUUAGCGUGGUGCUGAGACUUCAUUAUGCCAUGUGGAGCAGGGAGAUGGAUACUAUUAUCCAAUGUGGAUUACCACCUAAAAAAAAGAGCAACCCCAGCACAUUUAUCAGAAUCAUAACGGGGACAUGCAGGGAAUGAUUGAAAAAGAGAGAAAGUUGGGGAGAGACGGGGAGUUAUUAAUUUGAUGUGCAUCCGAAUGAUUGCCCUGGUCUGUUAUUUAGAAAAAUAUCAUUAUGGAAACAUGUCUGCGACCUUCCAGAUCUGUCGGUGGGAAUGGGAUCUGACAAGGCCUCGUAGUUUUCAGUUUUAUCUCACAAUUAGACGCUGUUUUGUUGACGGAAAAGGGGAGCUCUGAAAAUGAAGAGUUUCAUGUUGGUAAAUUAGCUUUUAAUGUUUAAAGAAAUUCUGAAAGAUAUUGGUGUGUUAUUUCACUAUUUAAUCUUGGCAUGGGGUUGUUCAGUGACAGACAUGUAUUUGUUUAAAAUCUAUCACUUGAUGGUUACGUUUCAGAGAGACAAAUAAUCUUGUUUUUUGCUAAAUGCUAUACUGUAUAUCCACCUCACUCUCAGAUAAAUAAGUAGUACUGAUAGGUUUAACACAGCCAUAUGUAACAAAUAACUAAAUUGUUUAUAAAUGACUGUACAAAUGAUACAUACAAUAUUUAAAACAUGUUUUUUAAAUAUUAUUCAAAACAUUAAUAUGAGAUCUGUAUGUAAAACAUUUAUAUUUUACAUUUUAGAAAUGUAGAAUAUGCUCUUAUCCAGAGUGCCUUAGAGUAAGUGCAUUCAUCUUAAGAUAGCUAGGUGAGACAACCACACAUCCCAUUCAAAUAUACAGGAUACAAACAUUCCAUUCCAGCUAAACAAUGGAUAUAUAGUGUUUUGCGAAAAACACAUUUUCAUACGCAUCUAAAUUCUAUGGAUAAAAAAACUGUAAUAUUUUACACACACAUGAAGGUACCCGUAAGCAAUCAUUUAUAAUGAAAAAACACAAAUGUGAAACAUUUUGGGAUAUAGCGUUUUGGAAAAUAAACUCUUCAUAUAAUGUCUCAGGAAUAAUGUACCUUUUCAGAAAUUGUAAAAUGUUUCUCUCAAUCGCAUGUCUCUCAUUAAUCCUUUGUUUAUCCCCUUGUGAGGGAGGCCAUUUCAGGACAAGGGUGCAUGCGUGCGAGAGAGCGAGUGAGUGUGUGUGUGUCCUUCGUGCGUGUGUGCCUGUGUGCAUGCAUGAGUUCCUGAAGAUGGAACUUCCAGUUGGCGUAUCUGGGCCUUCGUCCAGUUAAUUAAGGUUCCUCUUUGCAUUGUGCAUUUUCACUCUGCUGCCACAAGUGAGAGAAUCUCAGGGAGAGCAAAGCUUGUUACUCAUUGCUUGCCGAGAAUAACGGGAUAACACUAGUGUCCUCCAUAGCAAUGAGAUGGCAAACCUCAACUUCAUCUGACAUAACGUCAUCAUGAGACUGGAGAUGUUGGGGAAAAAGAGUUCUCAUCUCUGUGGAUUAUUUCCCAUCUAUAUGUUUGUUGUUGCCUGUCACUUAUUUCUCUUCUUCUUUUUCCUUCUCCGCCUCCUCUUUUUCCAUCUCUUCCACCUCCUUUCAUCUCCCUUUCCCUCUUCCUUUUCAUCUUACCCUUCCUCCUCCCCCCACCCCUCCUCCUCCUCCUCUCCUCUUCCUCUGUAGUUGCAAUGCUGGAGCGGGAGGCUCUGUUUGAGUUCAGCUUCCCUCCGACCUGGGUGAAAGAAGGGGACAACCUGACCCUGCAGUGUGCCUUCUCCUCGGCCCUGCUGCCCUUCCAACAGGACGUGGCCUGGUUCAGAGAUGGUGAGUGGAAGUGUUUAUUAGCUUGUUCCCAGAUCUGUUUGUGCAGUCUUGUCAACUCCUAUCGACAAUGACCAUAGGAGUUGGCAAGACAGUACAAACAGCUCUAGGACCAGGCUAGUUUGAAUCCUUCCCCAAUGUCAACUAGUAUUGGCAUUGUUGGCUGUGUCGUCUGAACUGUUGAGAAAGCACGCAAGCCAUCCCUGUGGAACACCUUCCUAAUAUUGAGUUGCACCCCCUUUCACCCUCAGAACACCCUCAAUUUGUCGGGGAAUGGACUCUACGAGGUGUCGAAAGCGUUCGACAGGGAUGUUAGACCAUGUUGACUCCAAUGCUUCCCACAGUUGUGUCAAGUUGGCUGGAUGUCCUUUGGGUGGUGGACCAUUCUUGCUACACAUGAACAUUUUGUCUCCUGAGUGGCGCAGUGGUCUAAGGCGCCGCAUCGCAGUGCUAACUGUGCCACUAGAGAUCCUGGUUCGAAUCCAGGCUCUGUCGCAGCCGGCCGCGACCGGGAGACUCAUGGGCGGCACACAAUUGGCCCAGCGUCGUCCAGGGUAGGGGAGGGAAUGGCCGGCAGGGAUGUAGCUCAGUUGAUAGAGCAUGGCGUUUGCAAUGCCAGGGUUGUGGGUUUGAUUCCCACGGGGGGCCAGUAUAAAAUAAAUAAAAUAAAUGUAUUCACUAACUGUAAGUCGCUCUGGAUAAGAGCGUCUGCUAAAUGACUAAAAUGUAAAUGAAACUGUUGAGCGUGAAAAACCCAGCAGCGUUGCAGUUCUUGACACACUCAAAUCGGUGCACCUGGCAACUACUACCAUAUCCCAUUCAAAGGCAGUAAAAUAUUUUGUGUUGCCCAUUCACUAUCUGAAUGGCACACACAAUCCAUGUCUCAGUUGUCUCAAGAUCUUAAACAUAUUUCUUUAACAUGUCUUCUCCCCUUCAUCUACAUUGAUUGGAGUGGAUUUAACAAAUGACAUCAAUAAGGGAUCAUAGCUUUCACCUGGAUUUACCUGAUCAGUCUAUGUCAUGGAAAGAGAAGGAGUUCCUAAUGUUUUGUACACUCAGUGUAAAUUCAGGUUAUAUGAUACUGUCUCAGCUAAGAUUAAUAAAAAUGAGAAAACUAGUCAGGUGUUUUAUUGCGACCAUCAUCAUCCUCCUGUUAGGGUGUCGAGUUCAUCUCCAAAAUACCUUCCUCACUGGGCACAGACAUCAAUUCAACGUCUAUUCCACGUUGGUUCAACAGAAAUGACGUGGAAACAACAUUGAUUCAACAAGUGUGUGCCCAGUGGGCUGUUGUUUGCUGCCUCAGCUUCUUUGUAUUAUUCUGAUGCACAUCACUUGCUAGAGGGUGCUGGGCCCAAGAGAACUUGUAUAACCCGCACACACAAAUGUUCCGCCAUAUACCUAAACCAGGCUAGUAUUGUAAGUGCACAACAUUUUGAUCCAAGAGUGGAUUUUUGUUAGCACCUACAGUGAGGGAAAAAAGUAUUUGAUCCCCUGCUGAUUUUGUACAUUUGCCCGCUGACAAAGACAUGAUCAGUCUAUAAUUUUAAUGGUAGGUUUAUUUGAACAGUGAGAGACAGAAUAACAACAAAAAAAUCCAGAAAAACGCAUGUCAAAAAUGUUAUAAAUUUAUUUGCAUUUUAAUGACGGAAAUAAAGUAUUUGACCCCUCUGCAAAACAUGACUUAGUACUUGGUGGCAAAACCCUUGUUGGCAAUCACAGAGGUCAGACUUUUCUUGUAUUUGGCCACCAGGUUUGCACACAUCUCAGGAGGGAUUUUGUCCCACUCCUCUUUGCAGAUUCUCCAAGUCAUUAAGGUUUCGAGCCUGACGUUUGGCAACUCGAACCUUCAGCUCCCUCCACAGAUUUUCUGUGGGAUUAAGGUCUGGAGACUGGCUAGGCCACUCCAGGACCUUAAUGUGCUUCUUCUUGAGCCACUCCUUUGUUGCCUUGGCCGUGUGUUUUGGGUCAUUGUCAUGCUGGAAUACCCAUCCACGACCCAUUUUCAAUGCCCUGGCUGAGGGAAGGACAUUCUCACCCAAGUUUGACGGUACAUGGCCCCGUCCAUCGUCCCUUUGAUGCGGUGAAGUUGUCCUGUCCCCUUAGCAGAAAAACACCCCCUAAGCAUAAUGUUUCCACCUCCAUGUUUGACGGUGGGGAUGGUGUUCUUGGGGUCAUAGGCAGCAUUCCUCCUCCUCCAAACACGGCGAGUUGAGUUGAUGCCAAAGAGCUCGAUUUUGGUCUCAUCUGACCACAACACUUUCACCCAGUUCUCCUCUGAAUCAUUCAGAUGUUCAUUGGCAAACUCCAGACGGGCAUGUAUAUGUGCUUUCUUGAGCAGGGGGACCUUGCAGGAUUUCAGUCUUUCACGGCGUAGUGUGUUACCAAUUGUUUUCUUGGUGACUAUGGUCCCAGCUGCCUUGAGAUCAUUGACAAGAUCCUCCCGUGUAGUUCUGGGCUGAUUCCUCACCGUUCUCAUGAUCAUUGCAACUCCAUGAGGUGAGAUCUUGCAUGGAGCCCCAGGCCGAGGGAGAUUGACAGUUCUUUUGUGUUUCUUCCAUUUGCGAAUAAUGGCACCAAAUGUUGUCACCUUCUCACCAAGCUGCUUGGCGAUGGUCUUGUAGCCCAUUCCAGCCUUGUGUAGGUCUACAAUCUUGUCCCUGACAUCCUUGGAGAGCUUUUUGGUCUUGUCCAUGGUGGAGAGUUUGGAAUCUGAUUGAUUGAUUGCUUCUGUGGACAGGUGUCUUUUAUACAGGUAACAAACUGAGAUUAGGGGCACUCCCUUUAAGAGUGUGCUCAUAAUCUCAGCUCGUUACCUGUAUAAAAGACACCUGGGAGCCAGAAAUCUUUCUAAUUGAGAGGGGGUCAAAUACUUAUUUCCCUCAUUAAAAUGCAAAUCAAUUUAUAACAUUUUUGACAUGCGUUUUUCUGGAUUUCUUUGUUUCUGUCUCUCACUGUUCAAAUAAACCUACCAUUAAAUAAAAUAAAAUCAGCAGGGGAUCAAAUACUUUUUUUCCCUCACUGUAUCUCUAUUGAAUAUCUCUCCAUCUCCCUUCCACAGGAGUCAAACUGUGCCAGUCCAGCAGGGUGGAGCUUCAGACUGCCCUUCGCUCCACCUCCCUCACCCUGAAGGGCGUGCACAAGGAGCAGGAGGGCAUGUACAUGGUUCGUCUGCGUACCUGGGAGGGGGUCAAAGAGCAUAAAGCUUACAUUUUUGUCAAAGGUAGGUUCUGGGAUGUUUCGUGUGUAUUUGCGGGUCUGGUGUGAGGUGGCCUGUUCCCUAUAACAUUCACAAUGGAAACUCUGAGUUUAGAGUAUUCAUAGUUUUGCUUGUGAAAAUGUGGCCACCAUACCUUUGCUGGCAGCGGUGGGAUUUCAGUGCCAGCAGGGGCACUAUACCAACAUUAAGGCAAUAAUAAGAAACCAUAAUGCCAAGAGCAAGGCAGCUGCCAGCUGACCUGUUAUGAUCUUCAAGCAACUAGCCAACACUACAAUACAAGUAGCUUCUUCCUAAAGUUGCCUUGAGGCCUUGAGAUAGGUCUGGGUCCCACAGGUGUCUGUGGUUGAGCUUAGCAGUAGUGCAUUUCGAAACAAACCUAACAACUUCACAGUCACGUCCACUGAAUGUUUCAUGACUCCAGUCCCCCACACCUCUCCACCGCCUUAUCCCUCCUCUCUCCCUCAUCCCCACCACUGCAAACUCCCAGCCAGAGUAAAACCUCAAUGUCACUAACAACCAUUGCACUGCAUUGUUUUUUCUGUCUUAUUAAAUAAUAUUCCCCCUUAACUCCUGCUAGAGUCAGAGUCAUUAAGGAGUCUGGCUAACUCUGAGGCAUUACAAAUGGGAGGUAAGAGAGAAGAGACAGGGGCUGUGUUUGGUUUAGCUUUAUAGCUUAUCAGAGAGAGAGAGAGAGAGAGAGAGAGAGAGAGAGAGAGAGAGAGAGAGAGAGAGCGCGCCACAUGUAGGGACCUCUUCACCACUGUGUACAGCCAAGUAAAAUUACAGACUGAGGGUGUCUACUAGUUCAACAUGGUGCAUAUCAGCUGACAUAACUACAACGUUUAUGUCACUAUUUUGAGACUCUCAAUAGAAUAUGUCAAAAUAGUGACAUAAACAUCGUAGUUAUGUCAGCUUAUAUGCACCUGUGCUGACGUAUUAGCUAGUUAUCUGUGUUAGAGCCAUAACAUAAUAUUUGGUGACAUAUAGCUACAAUGGUUAGAUGUCAAACAUUCAGACAUUUAAUGAGAGACAUUUGACUGCAAGGACAUUUAUGAACAGUCAUACUGAUACCUAGGCAAUUGGUCAUGACUCAUUGGCCUUAAAGCUGAGAUCCGCGAAAGGUGAAAUAGCUCCACUGGUCGCCCAAGGCGCAUUUGUUAUUGUUUUGUUUAACAAACGGAAGAGAUUAUCAUCCAGCGUCGUGAUUUAAAAAAUCGUAGUACAUACUCUGCUGUUCUAUGGCGCGUGCAAUGAUGUCCGAGAGAAGAAAAGAAAACUGUGUUCGUUGUUUGAAGUAACGUCUUUUGUUGUUGUAAUAUCGCAAAUGGACGUGGCAGUUUCACCGCAACGGAUUUCUACUUUCAUUUCUCACACUUGCAGCAUAAACUGUAAGAAAGUUGGAAAGACAUUUUGCCUGACAUUUCUCUACUCUUUUGUUGGUGCAAAAGCAACAGUCCCUCAAGCCUUAGAGAAUAGAAAACUGGUCUAAGACAUGUCACAUCUUAUCUCUUUAAUCCUCUUAACAUAAUUCCCUCAUUCCUUCUCUCACUCCUAUCUCUCACUCCUAUCUCUCUUUCUCUCUCUCUUAGUCUGUCUGUCUGUCUGUCUCACUCUCGCUCUCUUUUGUCUGUCUCUGUUUAUUGCUCUUCUUUGCUCUGUCUUUAUAACUAAUGCAGAUUUGAUGACCUGUUAAUCUUACCUCCAGACAAUACAUCACCCUUCCCUGGCCUUGCUUUCACAUGGCUGCUCCAGACAGACUGCGUGGGAGGGUUUAAUUGAACUUCUGUGAAGUACAUUACCUUGAUUGCUUUUAAUCCUCCCUCUCUCCCUUUCCCCCUCUCGCUCCCUCUAAUUUGUACACCUUCUCGCCCUCACUUUCUCUGUCUCUCUCUUUCUCCCUUUGUCCGUCCCUCUUUCCCUCUGCGUUUCUCUCCAUAUCCCUGUCACCCUCUCUUUCUUUCCAUGUCCUCCCUCUCCACCCUUUCUCCCUCCCCCUCCCCCUCACCUUCUCCCUCCCUCCCCCUCCCUCUUCUCUUCUCUCCCGCCUUCCCCAUUCCCUCGCCCUACUCAGAUGCGUCUGCAGUAGUGUCUGGUGGUCCAGGCUCUCCUCUGGCCCUGAAGGUUUCUGAUGUACAAAAGGACUAUGUCUUCCUCACCUGGGAGCCCCCCAGUGCUGAUGGAGCCUACCAAGUGGAGGGUUACUUUGUGGAGAGGUGCUUUUCAACUGUAACACCAGUGUUUCACUAGUGUAUACACCCUUAUGUUUUGCUAGGGAAAUUGUGUUUCCAAUGUUAGGGCUGACAGUGAGGACAGAAUCAACAACCACUGCAUAAUCAAAACAAUUGCUUUGUGAGAAGGUGUUAAAGUUCACAGUUAGCCAUUGUUAUGUAAAUGAAAUCUGAAAAGUACCAGUGGCCUGGCUUUGGCCCCAAGUGAGAGCAGGUCCACUAGAGCCAUGGCCCAGUGAGAGAUGGGUGCCGGCCCACGUAGAUGGAAACAGAAAAGUCUGAGCCUUUUGGGUAAAACACUGGGGUAAAUCCAGUAUGGAAAUGCUCCAUUAAGAGGGGCCUUUAGGGCUUUGUAUGGAUACCGUUACCAAGGACAUACUGUAGGUUGAGGACUCGGAUAACCUUUUCACACUACUGAGCCAAGCUGGCCUGCUUACAUGAAAAGAAAACAUCCAGGCCAAAACAGUAUGGUUUGCAUUGGCACAAUAGUGUGAAACAUACGCCCUCAAUAUAUCACGGAUAAUGAAUAGAUCAAAUCAAAUCACAUUUUAUUGGUCACAUGCGCCGAAUACAACAGGUGCAGACAUUACAGUGAAAUGCUUACUUACAGCCCUUGACCAACAGUGCAUUUAUUUUUAACAAAGAAAGUAAAAAUAAAACAACAACAAAAAAAGUGUUGAGAAAAAAAGAGCAGAAGUAAAAUAAAAUAACAGUAGGGAGGCUAUAUAUACAGGGGGGUACCGGUGCAGAGUCAAUGUGCGGGGGGUAGUUGAAGUAAUAUGUACAUGUGGGUAGAGUUAAAGUGACUAUGCAUAAAUAAUUAACAGAGUAGCAGCAGCGUAAAAAGGAUGGGGUGGGGGGGCAGUGCAAAUAGUCCGGGUAGCCAUGAUUAGCUGUUCAGGAGUCUUAUGGCUUGGGGUAGAAGCUGUUGAGAAGUCUUUUGGACCUAGACUUGGCACUCCGGUACUGCUUGCCGUGCGGUAGCAGAGAGAACAGUCUAUGACUAGGGUGGCUGGAGUCUUUGACAAUUUUGAGGGCCUUCCUCUGACACCGCCUGGUAUAGAGGUCCUGGAUGGCAGGAAGCUUGGCCCCAGUGAUGUACUGGGCCGUACGCACUACCCUCUGUAGUGCCUUGCGGUCGGAGGCCAAGCAGUUGCCAUACCAGGCGGUGAUGCAACCAGUCAGGAUGCUCUCGAUGGUGCAGCUGUAGAAUUUUUUCAGGAUCUGAGGACCCAUGCCAAAUCUUUUCAGUCUCCUGAGGGGGAAUAGGCUUUGUCGUGCCCUCUUCACGACUGUCUUGGUGUGUUUGGACCAUGAUAGUUCGUUGGUGAUGUGGACACUCAACCUGUUCCACUACAGCCCCGUCGAUGAGAAUGGGGGCGUGCUCAGUCCUCUUUUUUUUCCUGUAGUCCACGAUCAUCUCCUUUGUCUUGGUCACGUUGAGGGAGAGGUUGUUGUCCUGGCACCACACGGCCAGGUCUCUGACCUCCUCCCUAUAGGCUGUCUCAUCAUUGUCGGUGAUCAGGCCUACCACUGUUGUGUCGUCGGCAAACUUAAUGAUGGUGUUGGAGUCGUGCCUGGCCAUGCAGUCAUGGGUGAACAGAGAGUACAGGAGGGGACUGAGCACGCACCCCUGAGGGGCCCCCGUGUUGAGGAUCAGUGUGGCAGAUGUGUUGUUACCUACCCUUACCACCUGGGGGCGGCCCGUCAGGAAGUCCAGGAUCCAGUUGCAGAGGGAGGUGUUUAGUCCCAGGAUCCUUAGCUUAGUGAUGAGCUUAGAGGACACUAUGGUGUUGAAUGCUGAGAUGUAGUCAAUGAAUAGCAUUCUCACGUAGGUGUUCCUCUUGUCCAGGUGGGAAAGGGCAGUGUGGAGUGCAAUAGAGAUUGCAUCAUCUGUGGAUCUGUUGGGGCGGUAUGCAAAUUGGAGUGGGUCUAGGUUUUCUGGGAUAAUGCUGUAGAUGUGAGCCAUGACCAGCCUUUCAAAGCACUUCAUGGCUACAGACGUCAGUGCUACGGGUCGGUAGUCAUUUAGGCAGGUUAUCUUAGAGUCCUUGGGCACAGGGACUAUGGUGGUCUGCUUGAAACAUGUUGGUAUUACAGACUCAGUCAGGGACAUGUUGAAAAUGUCAGUGAAGACACUUGCCAGUAGGUCAGCACAUGCUCGGAGUACACGUCCUGGUAAUCCGUCUGGCCCUGCGGCCUUGUGAAUGUUGACCUGCUUAAAAGUCUUACUCACAUCGGCUACGGAGAGCGUGAUCACAUAGUCAUCCGGAACAGCUGGUGCUCUCAUGCAUGCUUCAGUGUUGCUUGCCUCGAAGCGAGCAUAUAAGUGGUUUAGCUCGUCUGGUAGGCUUGUGUCACUGGGCAGCUCGUGGCUGUGCUUCCCUUUGUAGUCUGUAAUAGUUUUCAAGCCCUGCCACAUCCGACGAGCGUCAGAGCCAGUACGAUUCAAUCUUAGUCCUGUAUUGACUCUUUGCCUGUUUGAUGGUUCGUCGGAGGGCAUAGCGGGAUUUCUUAUAAGCGUCCGGGUUAGAGUCCCGUUCCUUGAAAGCGGCAGCUCUACCCUUUAGCUCAGUGCGGAUGUUUCCUGUAAUCCAUGGCUUCUGGUUGGGGUACGUACGGUCACUGUGGGGACGACAUCAUCGAUGCACUUAUUGAUGAAGCCAGUGACUGAUGUGGUGUACUCCUCAAUGCUGUCUGAAGAAUCCCGGAACAUGUUCCAGUCUGUGCUAGCAAAAUAGUCCUGUAGCUUACCAUCUGCGUCAUCUGACCACUUUUUUAUUAACCGAGUCACUGGUGCUUCCUGCUUUAGUUUUUGCUUAUAAGCAGGAAUCAGGAGGAUAGAGUUAUGGUCAGAUUUGCCAAAUGGAGGGCGAGCUUUGUAUGCGUCUCUGUGUGUGGAGUAAAGGUGGUCUAGAGUUUUUUUUCCUCUGGUUGCACAUUUAACAUGCUGGUAGAAAUUAGGUAGAACGGAUUUAAGUUUCCCUGCAUUAAAGUCCCCGGCCACUAGGAGCGCUGCAUCUGGAUGAGCGUUUUCCUGUUGAUUUAUGGCCUUGUACAACUCAUUCAGUGCAAUCUUAAUGCCAGAAUUGGUUUGUGGUGGUAAAUAGACAGCUAUGGAAAAUAUAGAUGAAAACUCUCUUGGUAAAUAGUGUGGUCUACAGCUUAUCAUAAGAUACUCUACCUCAGGCGAGCAAAGCCUCGAGAUUUCCUUAGUAUUUGAUUUUGUGCACCAGCUGUUGUUUACAAAUAUACACAGACCGCCACCCCUUGUCUUACCGGAGUCAGCCGUUCUAUCCUGCCGAUGUAGCGUAUAGCCCGCUAGCUGUAUGUUAUCCAUGUCGUCGUUCAGCCACGACUCGGUGAAACAUAAGAUAUUACAGUUUUUAAUGUCACGUUGGUAGGAUAACCGUAAUCUUAGGUCAUCCAAUUUGUUAUCCAAUGAUUGAAGAUUGGCUAAUAGGAUUGAUGGAAGAGGCAGUUUACUCGCUCGCCGUCGGAUCCUUACAAGGCACCCCGAUCUACGUCCACGAUAUCUCUGUCUCUUCCUCACGCGAAUGACGGGGAUUUGGGCCUUGUCGGGUGUCUGUAUGAUAUCCUUCGCGGCCGCCUCGUUGAAGAAAAAAUCUUCGUCCAAUACGAGGUGAGUAACCGCUGUCCUGAUAUCCAGAAGCUCUUUUUGGUUAUAAGAGACGAUGGCAGAAACAUUAUGUACAAAAUAAAUUACAAAUAACGCGGAAAAACACACAUAAUAGUACAGUUGGUUAGAGGGCUGUAAAACGGCAGCCAUCUUCUCCGGCGCUGUUACUACUCAGGUGAACGUUCAAUCUAAACGAUAAGAGUUAUCUUAGAUAAAAGUUAUCGUUGUUUACUCCAUAUCAACAACACACAGCAAUAAACUUACUCUGCUGUGUCUGAGGAAAUUGAAACGGGCAGAUAAAACCCCAGCCAACUUUGAUGUAAUAUCCAUUUGGCAAAGCCCAAAGAAGAUGGAUGAUAUGCAUGAUAAUAAUUAAACAUGGAACACAGUGUUAACAGCAUCAAAGCCCUCUCAUAUUUAACAGGUGCUCACUAAUCACUGAAGCUGAUCGAUGCGCGUACGUGCGCGCUCGUGUGUGUGUGUGUGUAUGCAUACUUUCAUCAUACUUAAACAUCUUCUCUAUUAAGCAUGCAGAGGGCACAUUAAAGACUAAUGUUAGGUCUCUCUCUGAUGUAUUAUAUUAUAUAGAGUAUAUACAGUAUAUAUAUAUAUGUAUAUAUACAGUACCAGUCAAAAGUUUGGACACACCUACUCAUUCCAGGGUUUUUCUUUAUAUUUGCUAUUUUCUACAUUGUAGAAUAAUAGUGAAGACAUCAAAACUAUGAAAUAACACAUAUGGAAUCAUGUAGUAACCAAAAAAGGGUUAAACAAAUCAAAAUAUAUUUUAUAUUUGAGAUUCUUCAAAGUAACCACCCUUUGCCUUGAUGACAGCUUUGCACACUCUUGGCAUUCUCUCAACCAGCUUCUUCAUGAGGUAGUCACCUGGAAUGCAUUUCAAUUAACAGGUGUGCCUUGUUAAAACUUAAUUUGUGGAAUUUAUUUCCUUCUUAAUGCGUUUGAGCCAAUCAGUUGUGUUGUGACAAUGUAGGGGUGGUAUACAGAAGAUAGCCCUAUGUGGUAAAAGAACAAGUCCAUAUUAUGGCAAGAACAGCUCAAAUAAGCAAAGAGAAACGACAGUCCAUCCUUACUUUAAGACAUGAAGGUCAGUCAAUACGGAACAUUUCAAGAACUUUUAAAGUUUCUUCAAGUGCAGUCGCAAGAACCAUCAAGCGCUAUGAUGAAACUGUCUCUCAUGAGGACCGCCACAGGAAAGGAAGACCCAGAGUUACCUCUGCUGCAGAGGAUAAGUUCAUUAGAGUUAACUGAGAUUGCAGCCCAAAUAAAUGCUUCACAGAGUUCAAGUAACAGACACAUCUCAACAUCAACUGUUCAGAGGAGACUGUGUGAAUCAGGCCUUCAUGGUCGAAUUGCUGCAAAGAAACCACUACUAAAGGACACCAAUAAGAAGAAGAGACUUGCUUGGACCAAGAAACACGAGCAAUGGACAUUAGACCGGUGGAAAUCUGUCCUUUGGUCUGAUGAGUCCAAAUUUGAGAUUUUUGGUUCCAACCGCCGUGUCUUUGCGAUACGCAGAGUAGGUGAACGGAUGAUCUCUGCAUGUGUGGUUCCCACCCUGAAGCAUGGAGGAGGAGGUGUGAUGGUGUGGGGGUGAUUUUCUGGUGACACUGUCUGUGAUUUAUUUAGAAUUCAAGACAUACUUAACCAGCAUGGCUACCACAGCAUUCUGCAGUGAUACGCCAUCCCAUCUAGUUUGCGCUUAGUGGGAUUAUCAUUAAUUUUUCAACUGGACAAUGACCCAACACACCUCCAGGCUGUGUAAGGGCUAGUUGACCAAGCAGGGUGAUGGAGUGCUGCAUCAGAUGACCUGGCCUCUACAAUCACCCGACCUCAACCCAAUUGAGAUGGUUUGGGAUGAGUUGGACCGCAGAGUGAAGGAAAAACAGCCAACAAGUGCUCAGCAUAUGUGGGAACUCCUUCAAGACUGUUGGAAAAGCAUUCCAGGUGAAGCUGGUUGAGAGAAUGCCAAAAGUGUGCAAAGCUGUCAUCAAGGCAAAGCGUGGCUACUUUGAAGAAUCUCAAAUAUAAAAUAUAUUUUGAUUUGUUUAACACUUAUUUGGUUACUCCAUGAGUCCAUAUGUGUUAUUUCAUAGUUUUGAUGUCUUCACUAUUAUUCUACAAUUUAGAAAAUUGUACAAAUAAAGGAAAAAACCCUUGAAUUAGUAAGUUUGUCCAAACUUUUGACUGGUACUGUAUAUAUAUAUAUAUUAUAUGCAUCAGAGAGACCUAACCUUCCAGUCGCCUAGCAACACAUACACAGCUUAAUUUUCUCUUAUGCUAUUUGCUUUCUUUGUUUGCUUUUCCAGGUGGCAUUGCUUCAUGAUCAGUAUUGAUUUAUUGGCAUUCGACAGCUGCUUUUCUUCUUCACACUUUCUUAUAAAUGAGUUGUGAGACUUGUUAUUUUGAGAUUAUGUAUUUGGGUUGAAACAUGAUGGUCCUUUGUUGGCUGAAAUCUGUUUUUCUUUUAUGCAAUCAAAAAUGUUUACAACUGUAUUUCAUAAUGACAAAAUUGUGUUUCAUGGAGAUAUAACACAACUAGGGAAAGUUGCAGAGUGCUAAAAACUAUUUUGUAAGUCACAAAGUUCUGAAUUAGAUUUUUUGAAAUCUCUGACCUUCUCCUAUCCCUUCUCAUAUGGUCUCUUUCUCUCUCUCUCUCGCUAUCCCUUGCUCUCUUUCACUCUCUCUCUCCCUCUUCCUAGGUGUGACAUUGGUAGUGGGCAGUGGGUGCGUUGUAAUGACACCAUUCAGAAGGCAUGUCACUACCCGGUGAGGGGUCUGAGUGACAGCACCAUCUACCAGUUCAGGGUGUGUGCCGUCAACCAGGCAGGUGUAGGACGCCCCUCUAAGGCUACCGAGCCUGUCAUCACCACCAACCCUUUAGAACACACCAGAACUAUGGGUAAUCUGCACACUCAGAUCUACACACCGAACACACUCUGGGUAGAGGUCAUUACAUAGAGAGAGACAUAACAUUGGCUAAAUAGAACACAUACAGUAUGUAUAGUGUGUGUGUGUGUGUGUGUCUGUGUUUCUAUGUUUCUGUCUGUGUGUGUGUGUGUGUAUGUGCUAAGUUCAUGCACAAGAACAUACAGUAUGUGUGCGUGUGUGAGUACGUGCGUCCAUGUGUGCGCUGUGGGUGGGGGCUAUGAGAGAGUGAGAGGAACGGAGAGGACAGAUGGGUGCGCUGGUCAGAUGCUGUGGAUCAUUAGGCACAGAUGAAGGACGGCCAGAAGGUUGUCUUUCCUCUGACUGUUUCCCCCAUCUCUCUCUCUACCUCUCUCUCUUCUGAGCCCUAGCAUGCUGGCAUUGUAUGGACGGUUUCUUCCAUGUUAUCUACUCAUUGUGCUAUCAUGCAUUUCAUUUCUUUAUUUUUCUCUCUCUUUUUCUUCUCAAUCAGUUAUCAAGGUGGACAGAGGUAGAGAGAUCACCAUCACCAAAGACCAGCUGGAAAGUGAGAAAGCACAUAUAUCAUCAUUGUAGUACUAUUACUAAUAGUGUUUGUAGCUAUGGUACUACAGCAUUUUCAAUGGUAUUCCCAAGCGACUUACCCUAGACCGAAUAGUUACGAUACAGUAUCACUGCAUAUUAAACACAUGUUCUGCAAUUCUAUACAGGUUGACAUCACUUAUCAUUCCUCUCUUGAGGGAUAUUAUGUUUUGUGGGGGGGGGGGGGGGGGUAUUUUGAAAACACAGUAGAAGUGGAAGUGGAAAGUGAUUUUCCUUGUUUUGUUUUGGUAAAACCUAUUUUUUUGGGGGGGGAAAACAGCUAACUUCAACACAUUUUGCCACGGGGCAGAAAGAAAAUGUUGCAGUUUAAAAUUGUUAAAUUUUUCUACUUCAUAUUCAUCAUCUCCAGCACCAAUCUAAACAUAUGUGAAAAUUGCGUGUUUCUAUGUUUUGUAGUAAAAAAUAUAGAGAAAGAUAAGUGUUUCCAAUGAAAGGCAAUGCCUACUAACAAUUGGUCAAAAUCACACGAUGCACACCGGUGUCAUUUGAAACACGUAUCUUUUUUUCUAUAAAACCCCCCGUGGCAAUUUCGCCGAUGGUAUUUAGUAUAACAACGUCAUGUUUCUUCAUAUCUUUCAUCAUGUAAUAGCGUUGUGGAGGCAAUGUACUUUGCUAGGUGGACUAUUCUCUAUGGUGUCCUAGUAAAUGCACAUUAUAGCCCAGGGUGACAUGCCCCUGAUGUACCUCAAAGAGAGAGGAGGAGGCAAACACCAUGGAAACACCAGGGAAUGGUGAACUAUUAUGAUGAGAAAUAAGGUACUAUCUCAGCCUCAUAGACUGCCAUACUCUAUUUUUCAAGGCACCCUGGUACAGCUUUAGGUUUCAAUGAAUCAAUAACUGUGUGUGUGUGUGUGUGUGUGUGUGUGUCAUGACACAGUCUGUGCAUUUCUCAUUUCAAGAUAUUUUAUAUCCGACCCUCUCCACUAAUCUAUUUAUGCUUGGUCAUGUGAUCCAAAGCUCUGGGUCUUGUUUAGCAGGGUACAUCGUAGCAAAACAAUUUGCAAAGGAAAAUGAAAAUAUGUGUUCCUAUUUGGACAAGAUCAGAUAGUAUACCUCCCCGUUUUAAAACGUUUUCUCCUUACUGAACAUGACCCUGUUGUCUUUACUAUCUUCUACACCCAUCCUCCCUUCUUCCCUCUGACCUCAGGUCAGAUGAAAGUCCCGUUCCCUCCCACUGGUGUCCAUGCCUGUGAGGUGAGUGACAGCUACGCCGUGCUGAGCUGGACCGAGCCGGAGCCCAGAGGCAAAGAGCAACUUACCUUCUAUGUGGAGCGGGUGAGUUAAGGCCUGUGCUCCUACUCAUACACACACUACAGAGACACAGGUACACACACACACACACACACACACACACACAGACCACCCAAACACUCAUUAAAACGCAGGUCCAAUGAACCCUCAACCCGGCCAUCUUGGUGUGUGUAGUGUCAACCCCCAGAUGCCCAUUAAUCUGUUUUACUGUUGUGGUUCUGUAGACCAACUUUAGAAUCGGGGCCAAAUUAAUGAAGAGCUCUAACCACUAUGCUAAUUAAAGAUUAAAGGGGAGGAAAAUAUUCCUUCAAAGUCCCACCAAGCAUACACAGAACAUGGUUGCCAUGUUCUCAGAACAUAAGAUAUGAAUAGUUAAAUGAGAACGUUGCAAGAAUUAAUUACACAUCACGUAUUGAUGCCGAGCCAAUCAAGGCACUGAUUGGUGAACCGCUGAUCCAUUCAUAGCUCUUUGUCUGUUGGCAAGGUUCAGGAUACUUACACACAGGUGCUUUUAAGAUAGUGUUUUCAACUUACAUAUUUGACACACAUGAUUACAUUGUGCAUGUUCAUUUAUACAGUCCUCACCUGGGAUUUGAACUCACAACCUCUUGGUUUACGGUACUUCUAUCUUCCUGAUGCACCACCAUGUCCAUGUCAGGUGUCAGUUAAUCUGAUUAUUCUCUUAUCAUUUAUUUUAUUUACUUAUUUCAGCAAUUCAAAGGCUUUCUGUAUAGUUGUCUAGUGUUGGUGGGGCAUAUUAACCUGUUUUAAUUACCUGUUUUAAUGAUACCCCUGAAUCACUUUGAUCAAUAAAAUAUUUUCUUGAGUGUACUUUUAACAGAGCUGAGAUUUACUUCAAAGUGUAUUCACUGAACCAGUUGUUUCAGAUCUGCACAAGUGCCUAGGGAGGAGGGAUUCAGGGUUUCUUCUGGACAGGGCCUCUGGCCCAAUAAGCACAUGCCCUAGAGAUAUCAAAACGUUGAUGGAAUAUUCUCCUAACCCACGAAAACUGAACGCAUUAAUGUUCUUGCAACGUCCCAUAAAACACUUCUAGAACGUUAAUGUUGUAUAAUCUGAGAACAUUGUAACCACAUUCUUGAUAAGUUCUGUUUGACAUUAAGGGAAUGUUCUCCUAACUUUAACACCAAAACAUGCUAAAAAGGUUCUCAGAAGGUUUUAGCUAACAUAGAUAGAAUGUUCUCCUAACUAACGGAAAACUGGACUCUCAAACAUCAGGGGAACAUUACGUGUAACAUUACAAAAUGUUCUCUCUCACUAAAAUUGUUAGCUGGGUCAAAGCUCUCUCUCUGGGUGAUUAAAAGUAUAACUCUUGGUUUUAUAGGUUCACGGUUGUGAAUUUGUUCUGGUUUAGUUUUAACGUCAAGGAGGUUUUGUGGGUGUGUUCGUACAUGGCCACCAAACUAUGCAGGACACAAGUGUUCCUAUUUUGAUGAAUGUCUUACAAUGACUAAAGUUUGUCAAAGUUGUGGUUUAUCAAAAUGGCCGCCCAGAAAAUAAAACUUUUGCUAAAGAAUUAAAGUGCUGGGAGGGAUCAUUCAUUUUACAUCUUCCCCAAAGUGCCCCAGUUCUUCAAUAUCAACCAGGACUAUGUAUGCUAGAUGCCCAACAGCUUGCAGUUCCAAUAAUGAGAAGAAAAGUGGCAAACUGCCACAGGAAAUUGCUUUUUAUUGGACUUUUAUAAGUAACUCUGUAAUAAAACUGUCCAAUCCAUCAAAAGCAUCUGAAAUUACCAAGAUCUCCUGCUUCUGUUCCACCCAGGAAUAUUCAAAUAUCCUCGGCUCGCCCUUGGGCUUGCUCUUUAUAAUCGCUGAUCUCCAUUCAAACACUGGGUUUUAUUCCAAUUUAAAUUUAAAAAAGGACUAAAAGAUAUGGGAGCCAAGUUAAUGGAGCAGAAGAAAAGAGAAAUAAAAGAACAUACAGGUGAUAAAAUAACAAUUGCAUGACAGUGAGAAACUAUUUCAUUAAUAGAAUUGAGUGAUUCACUGUAUGUCUGUCUGUCUGUCUUUCUGUCUACUUCUUUUCCAUCUACCUCUCUGUGUCUCUUUUUGCCUGCAUGCCUGUCUCUCUCUCUGUUCGUACUUCCUUCUGUCCAUCAGUCCAUUGCAGGGAAAAACAGUUGGCAGCUGGCCAGCAUGGACAUCACGGUGGGCUCUCCCAGGUUCCCCAUGUUUAACCUACAGAAGGGGAAGUCCUACUGCUUCCGGGUGCGCUCCGUCAACAAGUUUGGCGUGAGCGAACCCUCAGAGCCGAGCCCUCCAAUCUCACUGGGACAACCACAAGGUGAGGGAGAGGAACAAACAUGUAUUAUUUCUUUAAUGUUAUACUAGUUACAUUGAUAUGGAUUGGUGUAUACUCUGGUUCUUCAAUUAACCCUUUUCAUCCAGGAUGGUUCUUCCUUCAGUACCUUCUCUAUGGAAGAACGUUUUCUAAAACAGUUCUACCUGUAACCAUAAAGGGUUCUCCUACAGGGAUGGCUGUAGAUAGAAUGUUUUUCUUUUCCCAAAAGUGUGGCAAUCAGCUGAGCUCACUGUGUUUUUCGGUGUUAUCCUGUUAGCUGCUCCUGCUCCAGCCACCUCCGUCUUGGCCAUCCGAGACACAGAUUCUGCUGUCCUGCUUCAGUGGCAGGAGCCCAAGGAGAAGGAGGGCAUUCUGGGAUACUACCUGUACUACAGCGAGGCUGGGAAGCAAGAGUGGAGGACAGUCAACAACAAACCAACCACCAACACCAAGUACAGUACUGAACGCACUGUGCCAUUUAAAUGAACUGAGCUCCUCUUUUUUGAGUACUGUUUCUAUUGUGUGUUGGAUAAAUAUUGUUGUUUGUUCUCUUGCCACUAAUUCUACAACAGAACAUGAUAGGACCGUUUCCAGGACACAGAUUAAGCCUAGUCCUGCUCCAUUGACAUUUCCAGUGAAAUUGCUUUUUAGUCCAGGGAACCAGCACAAUGUAGAAAGCAAUGCUUAGGCAUUAGGACUAUAUGAAUAGUCAAAUUUGACAUUGCAACACCUAGGCCUAAAUUAGUUGUUUUUUCCUCUCAGAUUUACAGUCCAUGGUCUGAAGUCGAAGAAGGAGUAUGUGUUCAGAGUGAAGUCUGUGGGGCGAGCUGGGAACAGUAUCUACUCCAACGAAUCUCCCCCUAUCCUGGUCAAAGCAGCUCUCAGUGAGUACUAGACAAAAACUGCGGACUGACAUGCUCCUGGGACAUAUUCAUUACGGCAAACUGAAAUAAUUUAACAAAUAGUGUUUCAGAUAGUCUCUCCCUUUUUUUCCGUCUGUUUUCCUCCAUUUGGUGCCUGAUGAACACGACCCUGCUAUCAUAUCAAACAGUUAUACCUGACAGGGACGCAGGGAACCAUGUUUAUAGUUGUGAAUGCUUUCGUAGUGAUCUCUUAUUCACACUUUCACUGGCUAAUUUGACGGGAUAAGGAGGUGUAAUGUGAAAUAUUAAGUGAUCAUGUAAAUUAGUUGGGGUCCAUUUUCUUUUUCAGUCAGUCUUCGUUAGUAGCCAAGGCUUGUUUCUCUGUAUUCUCCGUUCUCUUCAUCAAUCUAGUCCUGAUCUCAAUUCACCAUUAGUUCAUAACAGCCUCAUGAACCCAUUACGUGAUGACAGGUAUUAGAUCUAAUGGGUAGGCUCAUGAUUUAGUAUUUUGGUUUGGUUUGUCCACAAACACAGUGAAAUAAAUAGAGACUUGUGAUGAGGCAGGCACCUGAUGAAUAACUACUGACCCCUCUCACUGCUGUCUCACCCUAUAACAGCAUGUCUGAUGAUAAUAAUAAUGAUAAUAUGCACUCUGCAGCCGGCUACAUUGUAAUGACCGCUCAUUUUAGCUGCCACUCACAGUGAUGCCAGAUUCCGAAUCUGGUCUCGGAUCAGUUGAUGAUAUGACUGAAAUCCAAUACUUUGUGUCUGAAACCCUGUGUGGCCUUACAUUAACUGACCUGAUACACGGAUGUGGCCAGAAUAGAAUAGAAUGGAAUGGAAUAGAGAAGAAUAGAAGCUGAUUUGCCAUUUAUUAGAAACACUAUCCAUCGAAACACUAUCCAUCUAAACUAUCUAUCUAAAUGUAAUACUUUUUUUGUUUGUCUCUGGGCAGGCUGAGGAAAAGUCUAGUAUGCCCGAGCUUUGUUUUCCAAUACAUUUUCUUGGUAACAUGCAAGUUUACAGAAGGGGAAAUCUGACAGAACUCUCUAACUCACUUUUUCACAUCUGCCCCUUCCCAGUCGCCCCAUCCCCUUCCUCUGCCAUCGCCCUGCUGCUCUGCACUGGCUCUGAGAUGAUUCUCACCUGGAGAGCCCCUGCUAACAAUGGAGGAGACCCUGUACGAGGCUACUACCUGGACCAGAAGGACAAAGAGCUGGAUUCCUGGAGAAAGGUCAACACCAAGCCUGCCAAGGAGAGGCAGCACAAGGUGAGGAAGGAUCUGGUACCAGUACCCAGGCGUCACUGUCGUUAGAAUGUUGGGUCAAACUUGACAUGACAAAGGCCCUCUACCAGAGUAAUGUUAAGUAAGGGAUAAACGCUGAUGCUCUGUAUAUUAUCUUGUAAAUAAUUGUGUUAAUUAGUUCCAAGAUAAUGUACAGAGUGGAGGCGUUUAUCCCGCUUAUACCACAGUUGCCAAAGAAAACAAUACUGAAGCACAUAUUUACCAGUAGAAAUUACAUGUUUUAAUUGAUAUUUUAAUUUUGAGAAGUCAAUUCAUACUUUUUCAUCCUCCCACCAAACCUGGUCGUUAGUUCUGUCGGUCAGGUAGCCAACAUAGCAGGAGGAAGAUAAACGUCUGAGCAGAGUUCCCACAUCCGGUUUUCAGAACAUCUGGUUGUUGGCAACUCCGCUAAGGCUAGGUUGCCACAAACAUGACCCAGUUGUCCAUUCUUCACGAUUUUGCCUGGCAUUGAAAAGUUGCUUUUUCCUUAAGGACGCACUGUACAUUACAGUAGAGGAGAUCACAUUGCAUAUCAAACAGUAGGCUAGAAGCUACUGUGGCUAAAUAGUUUGUUGCUAGCAAAUCUGCCAAUAUGGCAAACAAAUUCAACAAUACCAGUUGCUGAAAACAGCUGGUCAAACUAGAAACAUGUGGGAGGAUUUGACAGCAUAGCUUCAAUUGCGUCAUGAAGAACCGGAGAAAUUCAUGUUCAUCACUCACCACGUUAGGUCAUCAGAUGCUGCAAAAAAAACGUCUAUACAAAAACAAAUGAAUGCUAUCUAGCUAGCUAAAUUUUCCCUCGUUGGACCUGCGUUUACAAUGUAUCCUAUUUCGGUAUGCAUGGUCGUUGUUUUGGCUUUCUGUAACUUUGUAGUAAGUACGGUUUGCAUGGUGAAGUGGUUUAGAACGGUAAAAAGGUGCCUAUUGUUGGAACUACUUCAGAGGUGUUCUAUAUCUUUUCCAACUGUCCCGUAUAUCUACAUGUAAUGCCCACACUGGGGGGGGGACACCCCACAUUCUGAAAUUGCAUUUUUGUCCUACCCAGUUUUAUAAUUGGAAUGUGAUACAAAAUGAGGCAACAGUGUGCUUUAGGACCAUGCGGACGCCUCCGAGCGGCCGGGUAGGCUGUUUGGAGUGUUUAUCUGACUGGAUAUAGUACAAAAAAUAAUUAUUAUGGCCCCCCCACUUCUAAAACCAAAGUUUCACCCCUGAUAACCAAAAAUAAUUAUGUAUGUAAUAAGCCAGUAAAAAACAUUUAGCUCUGGAAUACACCACAUUAGAACUAAAAAAUUAUUAGUGGUGGUCAGAGAGCUGAACAUAAGGCUCUGGUGGAGGUAUACUGGAGGAAAAAAACACAUUCCCUCUACUACCUUAGCUGUGUCACUAGGCAACGAGUGGUGGUGUCCAUGGAGACUAAUGGAAAGUUAAAAUGGUCUCUUUUUGCAAUGGAAAUUACAAGUGUGCUGUAAUUUUAUGGCAUGCAAAAUAGUUAUAUUGAAAGUCUGCCAUACUGCAAAAUAGUUUAGAAGUGUGGAGCAAACCGUGCUUUUUCACUGACCAGGGUCUUGUUCAGGUGGCAGAAGAAAGUAGACUGAAACAAAUCAAAUCAAAUCAAAUCAAAUUUUAUUGGUCACAUGCGCCGAAUACAACAGGUGCAGACAUUACAGUGAAAUGCUUACUUACAGCCCUUAACCAACAGUGCAUUUAUUUUAAACAAAAAAGUAAGAAUAAAACAACAACAAAAAAGUGUUGAGAAAAAAAGAGCAGAAGUAAAAAUAAAGUGACAGUAGGGAGGCUAUAUAUACAAUAGAAUAAAGUGACAGUAGGGAGGCUAUAUAUACAGGGGGGUACCGUUGCAUAGUCAAUGUGCGGGGGCACCGGCUAGUUGAGGUAGUUGAGGUAAUAUGUACAUGUGGGUAGAGUUAAAGUGACUAUGCAUAAAUACUUAACACAGUAGCAGCAGCGUAAAAAGUAUGGGGUGGGGGGGCAGUGCAAAUAGUCCGGGUAGCCAUGAUUAGCUGUUCAGGAGUCUUAUGGCUUGGGGGUAGAAGCUGUUGAGAAGUCUUUUGGACCUAGACUUGGCACUCCGGUACCGCUUGCCGUGCGGUAGCAGAGAGAACAGUCUAUGACUAGGGAUGUAAUGUCCAAUAAGAAACGCUUGUUUUUGUUUUCCAUUGUAAAACAUAUUGCUACGGUGUGCCCUAAUGAACAUGUCCAAGGUAUUUAACAUAUAAAGCCAUUGAUCUGCUUGCAUGUAUUUAUGAAAACACAGUGGUCACAGAGGCCCCGUGUAGCUCAGUUGGUAGAGCAUGGCGCUUGCAACGCCAGGGUUGUGGGUUCGUUUUCCAACGGGGGGCCAGUAUGAAAAAAAAAAUGUAUGCACUCACUAACUGUAAGUCGCUCUGGAUAAGAGCGUCUGCUAAAUGACUAAAAUGUAAAAUGUAAAUGUAAAUGUCACAUGCAGUGCCUUCUGUUGGGCGAAACCAGCUACUACAACUGCCCAGUCUCCUCCAAUAACAGUGCCUUGCAUCUCUGAGUUUGCUUUUUGCUCUUAUUUUUACAAACUGCUCACUUGCUGCCUCCAUGUAAAUGAGAUUUAUUAGAAUAUUGAUCCAAUGGAGGCUUCAUGCUCGGGGCACUUUGGUCUUCCUGCUUGUGUAAGCCAAUGUAAAUGACUUUACCCCCUGAAUCCUUUCCUUCCACAACCACCUAUCCAGCCUCAUUAGAACAAUGUCUGAGAUGUGAACCCUUAGGAUUUUUGGUUAUCUCGCUUAAUUUGGAAUUCCACCUCCAUCUCCACCGCAGUGCCUUUACUUCCACUGAUUCAGAAUCAGGUGAACUGAUGUCAUCUGGUGGCGAUAAGUUGAAUCGAAAGACACUUUGGGACAAACUCCCCUUCUCCCCUGCCCCCGCUAUAUUUCACUGCAGAGCUCCAAGCAGCACUGUUUAGAUAUUGAUUUGAUAAAGAGGCUUUUGUUGUCCCUAAGUAUGGCUAGCCUAGUGACCAAUCUAUAAAUAUAGGAGGCAAAGUCUUUCGAUGGUGUGAUUUAUAUCACACUUAAAUAAGCCCCUCAGAUUUGUCUAUUGAUAGCCAUUGUCCAUUGGCUCAGUCCCCCUAAAGCAGAAGAACUUCAUACGCGAUAAGGACCUUAAAGGCUAAGUGACUGUGAAUAAAGUGGCUGGGAUCGAUGAUCUGAACCCCCUUCCUUAAGCCAGCCUCUAUGGGGCUUUUCCAAACUACACCGGUAUAAUGUAUACUUUGCUUUACAGUAUGUGGCUCAGUUAGGAUUAGCUGAGUUUUUCUUAGCUGCACAAUGUACAGUGGAGUUGAGUGGAGACGAGAGUGUGUGGAGUGUAUCUCUGACUACAUCGAGUCGCUGUCAGUCGAUACUUGUAAAAAUUUAAAUACGUAAACCCUUACCGUGUACCUAUGUUUGUCUUCUGUAGCUGCGUGCCUUUCUUUAUUUGCUGAAAUCCAUCAUUUUUAAUUAAACGUUUAUAAAAUACAACCACCGACUGUUUCCUCGUCUCGACUGACAGCGUCUCGAUGUAGUCGGAGGUACACUCCUUCCACAGUCGUCGCAACCCAAUUCCACUGACAUGUCCAUAUGUGUGGAGUUGAGAAACCCAGCUAAAUUAGGAUGUGAGUGCACGAGUGCCUAGAGUGCACGAGGUAAUCUAGAUACUGUGUUGAAUUAUCCUUCAAAGGUAUCUUUUUUUGUUUUGUCCACGGUUUGUUCAUGUAAGAACUGACAUACUGAAACUCAGAACUAGCUGACCCUUGUUUUCUCAAUGACCAGGGUAUUGUUCAGUAGGCACCAAACAGAAGAAAACUUGACCAAUAAGAAAUGCUCAUUUCUGUUGUAAAAUGAUUUGAAACGUUUUUCUACGGUAUGCCCUAAUGAACACAACCUUGGUUAUAAUUUGUUCAGUAACUGUAUUAAUUUUGUGUUGUCUUAUUUACAGGUCUGUAACCUGGAUGGGGGGCAUUACUAUCAGUUCCGUGUUUUUGCUGCCAACGUGGUUGGGGUUGGUAAACCCUCUGAGCCCAGUGAGGCUUUCCUGUGUGAGGAGUGGACCAUGCCUGAGCCAGGUGAGGAUGAUGCAAUUAUCAUACACACACACACACACACACACAUGGACGCACAGACGCACACACAUGGUCACUGUACACACACACAAAGAGUAAGCACACACACACACACGUUUACUCUCUAAAACACACACUCUCUCUCUCUACUCACUCUGUCAUUCGGUAAUGGAGCAGUUCAGUGCACAGCCGUGGCCAGCUGUGUUGGCCCCAUGGUCUUUCUCAUAUAAUAGCUGCCUGUUGUGAUAUUCAUAUUGGAAAUGGAGAGAGCCACACACCAUUUAUCCCGCACAGCCCAUUAAUCCAGCUGAAUCCAGCCGGCUCUCCCCGUGUCGUAAAUAAUUUAAAUGCGACUGAAAAUCAUUAAGCAAAUUAACUACCGUGCACUGGCACUAAGAACGAAGGGGUAGAUUAAGCAAAGUCACUUUACUUGUUUUUUUAAUUGUAUUAUUAUUGUUUGUUCAUUUCUUUAUGAUGGCCUGUUCUGUCACGGACAACUUGGCUGUUUAUAGGUGAUUAUAGAAGGCGGAAAAAGGAUAAAGAUCAAUAUUUUAGCCUGAUUUAAAGUAAUUUCAAAUACUUUAUCUGUGCUUGAUUAAGCAUGCAUGUUGCAAUGUAACCAAUAGAAACGUGCAGACCCUGCCCACCUGGUACUCCAGUGAGGAUGAACCAAACACUGAUUUCAAAUAGUACUUGAACCCAGGUCUGGUUGGUAUAUUUCUAACACAGUAGACACUUAUCAAUCCAUGUACUGUAUAGAAUGAAACACUGUAUGGGUUGAUACAGAGAAACCAAUGUGGGUUUUUUUCUCCAUAUUUCUCUCUUUGUGUUAUGCUAACCACACCCAUACCCCAGGCUGCCCUUAUGACCUGGAAUUCAGGGAGGUGAGGCAUAACUCUCUGGUCCUCCUGUGGGCGGUACCUCUCUACGAAGGACAGCAGGGACCAAUCACAGGGUACCUGGUGGAGCUGAGCGGGGGCGACCAAUCACAGAGCUGGACUGCUGUGAAUGAAGAGCCAAUCACAGACACCUUUUUCAAGGUUGGUGAGAUUUACUUGUUUUAUGUAAUAAGGACAUAGAUAAAUUGAAAUAGAGUUAAUAUGUUUUGAUUAAAUGGAUCAAAUAUUUAAUUUAGGUAUGUUUGUGUUCCCAGGUGUCAGGUCUCCAGGCAGGUCAGACUUAUCGUCUCAGAGUGUGUGCCUUGAACAAGGCUGGAGUGGGCAUCCCUUCUCUGCCCUCUGAGCUUAUCAGAGCCCAGACCCAACCAGGUGAGUCAUUUUAGGGUUUUAGUUAGCCUGGUUCCAGGUCUGUUUGUGUUUGGCAUAACAAUGACCAUAGGAGUUGGCAAGAGAGCACAAACAGGUCUGGGACCAGGCUUGAUUUUAGCAAUACAGGUCCUUGAUGGACAAUAUCACCAGAAUGACUUAUGAUUCAUGUUCUUUCUCCAUCAGGCACCAGAGACAUAGAGAUCGGUGUGGACAAUGAUGGCUUCAUCUUCCUGGCCUUUGAGGCCACGGAAAUUACGGAGAAGAGCAAGUUUGUCUGGAGCAAGAACUACAAAGGGGCUAUUGAAGCUGGGAGAGCCAGGGUACUGUGGGAGAACAAUAGGUACUGCACUGUGUGUGUAUGUGUAUUUGUAUGUGUGUGUGUGUGUGUGUGUGUGUGUGUGUGUCUGUUACAGAGAGAAAAAAAAGUGACCUGUAGAGUUGUGAGAGGGCAUGUAACCCAUGAAAGACUUGUUGAAUGUUAAGAGGUCAGCAAAGGGUCAGACUCAGUGGAGAUUCUUCCUCACUUGACACUAUGAUGCAAAAUGUCAUUCCUUUUCACUGAGCACUACUGAGUCCCCUGGUCUGUCUUUUAAGCCCACUGUCCUUCUGUCCAUCCUUUUAGCUAGCUGUCCCUCCUUCUGUCCAUCCCCAGGUCCAUCCUAACCUUUACAAACGCCACUAAAGAGGACCUGGGCCUGUACACAGUAGAGAUGAGUGACAACCCAGACAUCUCUUCCAGUUUCACCUUUACUGCGGAAGGUACUUUAUACUCAAAGCUACAGAAGACUUGAACAAAAUAUUGCUGCUCCCUCUAAUUCCCCCUCUCUUUCUUUUUCCAUAGAUCUGGAGAGACUGACCGAGCUCGGCUGGCACAUCUGCCACCCAUGUAAGUAAGACUCAGUUACUGUAAUAAUACGUGUCUCUAUCGAGCUAACAAAAAAUGUAUAGUAUUCCUUUUCAAAUAGAAACAGGCAUUAUAAUAUAGAGUUCACCAUCACAAUUUCAACAACGUAUUCCCGCUGAUGUUUUUCUUGGGGAAGCCCUAUUUUUCGAUUCCUGUCAUUGUUGUUGAGCACCCCUCCUAGUUUAUUUUGUUUGCUGAAGCUUGGAGGCCUACCUGAAUGCAUAACCUAUUCAUUGUUCUCUCCCCCUACAGUGAUAGCCCUGCGCUCCAAGUGGCAGGUGGAGGUGUCAGAGAAAGGGAACGUGCGUCUCUGGAUGCAGACUGAGAGCCUGAGCAACGCUGCAGAGCUCCACCUCAUUCUCAAUGACAGAGAGAUCUCCAGUACUGCAGUAAGCAGCACUUCACAACACAGGCUAUAUGUUCUAAUCUCAGAACCCAGAACCAAAUAUUGUGUGUACUAGUCUGUCACGAGAGACUAUAUAUGUGUCUAUAUGCUUAAGAGCGUGUAUGUCUCAAAUGCAUACUAUAACUAGCUUGGGUGUCAGAAUGUUCCUGCUUUAGUCGAUGGUGCAGUGUUGUAUGAAUGGGAAGAUGACAACAAGUUGGCUGAAACAGAAAUAGACUGGCAUCCAGGCAAGUUAUAGCAUAUCUCCCAGAGGUGGGUAUAAGUCAUAAGCUACUGCAUUUUGCAUACACACAUUUAUUUUGGAAUAUAUGCAGAUGGUUAUGUGUUCCCGAAUGCAUUUCCAUUUCCAGUGAAAACCUCCAUAAAACAACGAAAUGUAGAUGUGCCACAAAAUAGCAAAAUGUUACAUAUUUUCUCAUCCAAGUUUGCAUUAGUAAGAGUUAUUGACUGUAUAGAGAGAGAAAGUAAUCACAAAACAAUCACAAUCUUUUUUUUUUACCCUCACCAUCAUAUUUGCAAUUUCAUUUAAACACAAAUCACCUUAAAAAAGAUUUUCAUAAGAACAUACGUAGCAAUAUGUUAGCAAUGUUGAUUUGUUAUUAAAUCAACCUAAAAAUAACCACAGGUUGGAAGACAGGUCGGCAGAGGUUGUUGCACCAGAUGUGGAUUUUCCAUGGGGGAAAACUAAUAUUAUGCAUGUUUUGGACUCAGUGUCUUGCAUGUGGUUACUCGGUAUGGAAUAGCAUGACUGCAUGCAUGCAUGUGUGUAUACAUGUGUUUGUCAACAGUGCUAAGGGUUUAUUACAAAAUGACAACAGAUAAGGAUUUUGUGAAUAAACCAAACCCCAUUUCCCCCAUUUUAGCCCCUUGCCUUGAUUAGCUCAAAUCAACAUGCAAGUCACACUGUGUGUGUGCACAUGUAUGUACAUACGUGUGCAUUCAUGUGCUUGUGUGUGUCCUAUCUCUUCUCUCUCCCUAGGCCCGUAAGAUUAACUUUGACAAGGCCAGUGGGCUGAUAGAGAUCCUGUUUGACCAGCUGUCUAAGGAGGACGAGGGUUCUUACACAGCUCAGCUCUGCGACGGCCGCGCCAAGAACCAGUUCACCCUGGUGUUCGUGGACGAGAGUGAGUCCAUCUGGUCACCCCAACUCAUUACCGGGAUUUUCACACUACCGAACCGAACCGAGCUGUGCUAAACCAAGCUGUGAGGAGCUGGCAUGGUUACGCAUCCACCAUAGUUGCUGGAAGUGCUGAGCAAGCACAGUUUGCUUCAGAUCGGCACAAUAGUGUGAAAAGGGCAGCUUAAUAUUGCUGUGAACUCUAAAGAGUAGUAAAUGUUUGGCUUGGCUUGAUAUAUAGAUUUGUUGCAAUCAAUUUGGUUAUUACAUUCAAUGUUACUGUCUUAUUAUUGGUAGUGUACUGUAUAUCCUCAGUGUGCUAGUAGGGAUGUGAUCCUGUGGUUGUGUCUUUGGCAGUGUUCCGUCAGACACUGGCUCAGUCCAUAGCCAACAGAAUGGACUACAAGAGAAAGUCAGGUGAGUGUUCCCCUAUUGGCCCCUGGUUCACCUCUGACGUCUGGGCUGGAUCCCUAAGCACUGUGAUUGGUCCACAGUGUUCCUGCCAGGGCCAACAAGAGUUUCUCCCAUCCGGCUGACCAAAGUCCAUAUAGGACGUGUUUUUAUCUACUGCCAACAGUAGAUAAAGAUCUAAUUUCAGUGUAAAAUGCUCCUGCCAAAUAGGUCCCAAAUGUGCUGAAACAGAUUCAGUAAGCCUCAACGCCCUAGUUUCCUAUUUGUCACUAACUGUUAGUCCCUUUCCUUAGCUUUGUAUGCUAGUGGCAAAACAUACAGUGAGGGAAAAAAGUAUUUGAUCCCCUGCUGAUUUUGUACGUUUGCCCACUGACAAAGAAAUGAUCAGUCUAUAAUUUUAAUGGAAGGUUUAUUUGAACAGUGAGAGACAGAAUAACAACAAAAAAAUCCAGAAAAACGCAUGUCAACAUUUUUAUAAAUUGAUUUGCAUUUUAAUGAGGGAAAUAAGUAUUUGACCCCUCUGCAAAACAUGACUUAGUACUUGGUGGCAAAACCCUUGUUGGCAAUCACAGAGGUCAGACGUUUCUUGUAGUUGGCCACCAGGUUUGCACACAUCUCAGGAGGGAUUUUGUCCCACUCCUCUUUGCAGAUCUUCUCCAAGUCAUUAAGGUUUCGAGCCUGACGUUUGGGAACUCGAACCUUCAGCUCCCUCCACAGAUUUUCUAUGGGAUUAAGGUCUGGAGACUGGCUAGGCCACUCCAGGACUUUAAUGUGCUUCUUCUUGAGCCACUCCUUUGUUGCCUUGGCUGUGUGUUUUGGGUCAUUGUCAUGCUGGAAUACCCAUCCACAACCCAUUUUCAAUGCCCUGGCUGAGGGAAGGAGGUUCUCACCCAAGAUUUGACGGUACAUGGCCCCGUCCAUCGUCCCUUUGAUGCGGUGAAGUUAUCCUGGCCCCUUAGCAGAAAAACACCCCCUAAGCAUAAUGUUUCCACCUCCAUGUUUGAUGGUGGGGAUGGUGUUCUUGGGGUCAUAGGCAGCAUUCCUCCUCCUCCAAACAAGGCGAGUUGAUUUGAUGCCGAAGAGCACGAUUUUGGUCUCAUCUGACCACAACACUUUCACCCAGUUCUCCUCUGAAUCAUUCAGAUGUUCAUUGGCAAACUUCAGACGGGCCUGUAUAUGUGCUUUCUUGAGCAGGGGGACCUUGCGGGCGCUGCAGGAUUUCAGUCCUUCACGGCGUAGUGUGUUACCAAUUGUUUUCUUGGUGACUAUGGUCUCAGCUGCCUUGAGAUCAUUGACAAGAUCCUCCCGUGUAGUUCUGGGCUGAUUCCUCACCGUUCUCAUGAUCAUUGCAACUCCACGAGGUGAGAUCUUGCAUGGAGCCCCAGACCUAGGCAGAUCUUUUUUUUAUUUUAUUUUUUAUUUUAUUUUUUUAUUACAUUCAAUGUUACUGUCUUAUUAUUGACAGUUCUUAUUAUUGACAGUUCAGAUUGACAGUUCUUUUGUGUUUCUUCCAUUUGCGAAUAAUCGCACCAACUGUUGUCACCUUCUCACCAAGCUGCUUGGCGAUGGUCUUGUAGCCCAUUCCAGCCUUGUGUAGGUCUACAAUCUUGUCCCUGACAUCCUUGGAGAGCUCUUUGGUCUUGGCCAUGGUGGAGAGUUUGGAAUCUGAUUGAUUGAUUGCUUCUGUGGACCGGUGUCUUUUAUACAGGUAACAAACUGAGAUUAGGAGCACUCCCUUUAAGAGUGUGCUCCUAAUCUCAUCUCGUUACCUGUAUAAUAGACAGCUGGGAGCCAGAAAUCUUUCUGAUUGAGAGGGGGUCAAAUACUUAUUUCCCUCAUUAAAAUGCAAAUGAAUUUAUAACAUUUUUGACAUGCGUUUUUCUGGAUUUUGUUGUUAUUCUGUCUCUCACUGUUCAAAUAAACCUACCAUUAAAAUUAUAGACUGAUCAUUUCUUUGUCAGUGGGCAAACGUACAAAAUCAGCAGGGGAUCAAAUACUUUUUUCCCUCACUGUACCUAUCUACACUUUAUGGAGUGUUGAACAGGCAGUUAUAACAUAUAGUGCUGACACACCAGAAUAUAGCAAGUUUCAUUGAUUGACUGUAAGCAAAGAUGGCCGCUGUAUCUCUGAUCCAGUGUGCGCAGUUAAUCAUUCGCUCUCUUUUCCAAGGACCCUAUUUUCUGGAAUUUUUGUCAUGGACCGUGACAGAGGACUGUGAGUUUAUCAUCAAAUGCAAGGUAAUUUAUAGAUAUCCAAUAUCUUGUUAUCUUUGUUAUGAAAUAAUCACAUGGAUUCCGUAUUCUAAUAUGCAUGUGUGUUGUUAUGAAUGUAUUCAGUGCACAGUGUUACUGUAUCAUUAGUAUCCUCUCUCAUUCUGGGUCCAGGUGACCAACAUAAACAAGGAUACGACUCUGAAGUGGUUCAAGGACGGUGUGGAGACUCCAGGAGUGUACGACGAGCAGACUGGAGUCAGCACCAUGACUGUGCAACAGGUAGACACAUCACAUCCAGUACUCAUAGGGCUGGUUUCCUGAACCCAGAUUAAACUUAAUCCUGGACUAAAACACACUUUCAGUGGAGAUUCUCUACUGAGAAUGAUUUUAAUCCAGGACUAGGCUGAAUGUAGGUCCAGGAAACUGGCCCAUAAUGUCACAUAUCACUUUGCUCAACCCCACUAUUUAGCGCCCACCUGGAGAUUUGACCUGGCAACCUUCCGGCUACAGGUCCACCUCUCUAAACAUUAAGCUACCUACCACCUCAUAUUUGCAGUAUUGUAAUGGAUAUAUAAAGUAAUGUACAGUAGUACUGGAUGUACAGUAAUGGGAUGGUGGCAGAGGAGGGAAUAAGGUUAAACUCAGUAGAACACACAUCAUCAGUGAUCAUCGUACACACACACACACACACACACACACACACACACACGCACGCAGAAUCUGGGUCAGAGUUUCUCUACAGUAUGAGUAUUUAUAGAUCAUUGCAUAAUUACCCACUGGGCACACACUGGUUGAAUCAAUGUUGUUUCUACGUCAUUUCAAUGAAAUUACGUCGAACCAAUGUGGAAAAUACGUUAAAUUGAAAUCUGUGCCCAGUGGGUAGGAUUAUCUGUGUACAGAAAGUCAAAUGUGUUUGGGUAUUCUCAAACCCUAUGUGUAUGUGUGUGUUAUACUGACUGACUGUUUUCUCUCAGGUGACUAAGAAGGAGGCAGGCCACUACGAAGCUGUGGUGUCUGAUGGUAGAGGACAGGAUGUGAGCACACUGGAGUUACUAAAUGAAGGUGAGACAUCAUGGCACUGUCAUGGACAACCACAGACAUGGGCCCAUAUUCAUAAAGUGAUCCAUUUUGCGUCGUAGAUCCUAAUGAAUAUGAUGACUUGGACUGGGGGGACCUGAUCCUAGAUCAGCACUCCUACUCUGAGACGCUUUAUGGAUAUGGGCCCCGGUCUAGCCUAAAUAUCACUGAAAUGUUACAGUAUGUUGUCUCUCAAGUUAUAUUGUUAUGAGGCAAUUUCAAAGUACAUUAUUGUUUUAUGUCUGAUGAUCAUUCUGAAGAUGCAGAGACUGAGACUGCACAUUAUGUAAUAUUAUCCUUCAUGUAUUAUGCAUAGAGGUUAAUGAACAUUAUAAACUGGGUGGUUUGAGCCCUGAAUGCUGAUUGGCUGAAAGUCGUGGUAUAUCAGACCGUAUACCAUGGGUAUGACAAAACAUGACUUCUUACUGUUCUAAUUACGUUGGUAACCAGUUUAUAAUAGCAAUAAGGCACCUUGGGUAUUUGUGGCAUAUGGCCAAUAUACCACUGCUAAUGGCUGUAUCCAGGCGUUCAUAGAAUGUCCUAUGUGGACUUUGGUCAGCUGGAUGGUAGAGACUCUAGUUGACUCUUGUUGGCCCUGGCAGGAACACUGUGGACCAAUCACAGCGCUUUGUGACCCAACCAAGCGAUCAGAGGUAAACCAGGGGCCAAUAGGGGAACACUGACGUGUUGCAUCAUGCAUAAGAACAGCCCUUAGCUGUGGUAUAUGUACCACACCUACUCAGACCUUAUUACUUAAAUACAGCCCACUGUCUGGAGACAUAAUUAUUCUGUCUUUAUUUACAGAGUAUGACAAGCUCCUCCAACUCCUGAGCAAACAGUGUGGUAAGUUCAGCAUGGAUUUCCUAAUAUUAUUACGCCAACAUUUCAGUACCGAAACAUGAGUGACUUCUCAAGCAUUCUAUGAACGGUUUUUGGAUUGGGACAACUUAAGAUGAAGUUAUUAACUUCUUAAGUAACGACAAAACCCACAUCCUGACUACAGUUUAGAAUCAAAAUACAAAUGUAUUGGACCUAGACUACAGUUUAGAUAGCAUGGCCUGUCACCUGUCAAUAUCCCAACAAUGACAUUCUGUCACAGAGUAUCAUCUCCCAGAGUUUGACUUUUUCCUCUCUCUGUGGCACAGCGCUGUCUGCAGGACCAGUGAGGAUCCAAUGCACUGCUGUGGGCUUCAAGCUCUACUGCUCUCUCAAGUACUAUAUCAGCUACAUGAAGACCAGCUGGCACUUCAAGUGAGUUCCCUGGCCUGGCCUGGCCUCUGUACUCUGCCCUGCCACCGGGGCUGUGCUCCAGGCCCACUGGUUCUACUUGGCAUACAUUAUACAGUCAGCCUAUGUGGAGUAGGGUGAAGUUUCCCCUAGGCGCUGAUCUUGGGUCAGUUUAGCAUUUUCCCCACUAAUUGUUAAGGUUAGGAUUGGGGGAGGGAAAGUUGAUCCUAAAUCUGUACCUAAGGGAAACUUCACAACAGAUGAUGGUACACACAGGGAACAUGGACUGGACUUUUAUCGCCACCUGCUGGCAGCUUUUAUGGUUAGCAACAACCACCAACCCUGGUUCUACAGAGUUACAGGGCUUGCAGGUUUUUGUUCUAGUCCAGCAUUAACACACCUGAUUCAACUAAUAGACUAAUCAUUAAGACUUUGAUUAGUUGAAUCAGCUGUGUUGGUGCCUGUCUGGAGCAAGAGCCUGCACAUCCUGUACCUCUCCAUUACGGCGGCAGGUAGCUUAGUGGUUAAGAGCGUUGUGCCAGUAACCGAAAGGUCGUUGGUUCUAGCCGACUAGGUGAAUAAUCUGUUGAUGUGCCCUUGAGCAAGGCACUUAACCCUAAUUGCUCCUGUAAGUUGCUCUGGAUAAGAGCGUCUGCUAAAUGACCUAUUUAUUUAUUACGAGAGCUGGUGACAACCCAACGUGGAAAAACCACAUGAAUUUCACAUGUGAAAACAUGUUUUCAUGUGAUCACGUGAAGUUAAUGUGAUAACAUGUGACAACAUGUAACACAACAUGUGAUAAUAUGAAACUACACGUGAAAAUGUGAAAUUUCAUAUGAAAUCAUAAGUCGCUCUGGAUAAGAGCGUCUGCUAAAUGACUAAAAUGUAAAUGUAAAUCAUGCGAUUUUUCACGUGAAGUCAUGUGGUUUUUCUGUAAGGGCACUGCUGUAGCAACAUGGUUUGUUGUCUAAUUUAAACUCAGAGUUGCUUUAGCGUUUGUGUUUUCCUUCACAUCGCCCCACAGCUUCCUUAGUGAGACAGUCUGAGCCUUUAAUCCCAAAUCCAUCUCAUCAGAUUGAAAAAUACCAAAUGUAAAGGCUUUUACAAAUAAACUUAAAACUGAACAAGUAAAGCCCUCAGACAUACAGUUGAAGUCGGAAGUUUACAUACACCUUAGCCAAAUACAUUUAAACUCAGUUUUUCACAAUUCCUGACAUUUAAUCCUAGUAAAAAUUCCCUGUAUUAGGUCAGUUAGGAUCACCACUUUAUUUUAAGAAUGUGAAAUUUCAGAAUAAUAGUAGAGAGAAUGAUUUAUUUCAGCUUUUAUUUAUUUCAUCACAUUCCCAGUGGGUCAGAAGUUUACAUACACUCAAUUAGUAUUUGGUAGCGUUGCCUUUAAAUUGUUUAACUUGGGUCAAACGUUUCGGGUAGCCUUCCACAAGCGUCCCACAAUAAAUUGGGUGAAUGUUGGCCCAUUCCUCCUGACAGAGCUGGUGUAACUGAGUCAGGUUUGUAAGCCUCCUUGCUCGCACACGCUUUUUCAGUUCUGCCCACACAUUUUCUAUAGGAUUGAGGUCAGGGCUUUGUGAUGGCCACUCCAAUACCUUGACUUUGUUGUCCUUAAGCCAUUUUGCCACAACUUUGGAAGUAUGCUUGGGGUCAUUGUCCAUUUGGAGGACCCAUUUGCGGCCAAGCUUUAACUUCCUGACUGAUGUCUUGAGAUUGCUUCAAUAUAUCCACAUAAUUUUCCUUCCUCAUGAUGCCAUCUAUUUUGUGAAGUGCACCAGUCCCUCCUGCAGCAAAGCACCCCCACAGCACGAUGAUGCCACCCCUGUGCUUAACGGUAGGGAUGGUGUUCUUCGGCUUGCAAGCAUCCCCCUUUUUCCGCCAAACAUAACGAUGGUCAUUAUGGCCAAACAGUUCUAUUUUUGUUUCAUCUGACCAGAGGACAUUUCUCAAAAAAGUACGAUCUUUGUCCCCAUGUGCAGUUGCAAACCGUAGUCUGGCUUUUUUAUGGCGGUUUUGGAGCAGUGGCUUCUUUUUUGCUGAGCAGCCUUUCAGGUUAUGUCGAUAUAGGACUCGUUUUUACUGUGGAUAUAGAUACUUUUGUACCUGUUUCCUCCAGCAUCUUCACAAGGUCCUUUGCUGUUGUUCUGGGAUUUAUCUGCACUUUUCGCACCAAAGUACAUUCAUCUCUAGGAGACAGAACGCAUCUCCUUCCUGAGCGGUAUGACUGCUGCGUGGUCCCAUGGUGUUUAUACUUGCGUACUAUUGUUUGUACAGAUGAGCGUGGUACCUUCAGGCGUUUGGAAAUUGCUCCCAUGGAUGAACCAGACUUGUGGAGGGUCUACCAUUUUUUUUCUGAGGUCUUGGCUGAUUUAUUUGGAUUUUCCCAUGAUGUCAAGCAAAGAGGCACUGAGUUUGAAGGUAGGCCUUGAAAUACAUCCGCAGGUACACCUCCAAUUGACUAAAAUGAUGUCAAUUAGCCUAUCAGAAGUUUCUAAAGUCAUUUUCUGGAAUUUUCCAAGCUGUUUAAAGGCACAGUCAACUUAGUGUAUGUAUACUUCUGACUCACUGGAAUUGUGAUACAGUGAAUUAUAAGUGAAAUAAUCUGUCUGUAAACAAUUGUUGGAAAAAUUACUUGUAUCAUGCACAAAGUAGAUGUCCUAACCGACAUGCCAAAACUAUAGUUUGUUAACAAGACAUUUGUGGAGUGGUUGAAAAACGAGUUUUAAUGACUCCAACCUAAGUGUAUGUAAACUUCCGACUUCAACUGUAAAUAGUUAUGGCCUUGUAUGGAAGUAUCUUUUGUUGGAUUUUAGGAAAAAUAUAUUAUAUUCUAUUGAAUUGUAUUAUCAUAUUGUAUUUAAUUGUGUACCAGGGAGAGUAGGAUUGACCAGUUGGAGAGGUGUAAGCCUGGCAGCAGUAUGCAGAAGUUGUGGGUCGAGGUCUUUGCGCCCACGGAGAACGAUAAGGGGAAGUACACCCUGGAGAUGUUCGAUGGUCAAGAAAAGCACACACGCUCACUAGACCUAUCUGGACAAGGUUAGUCUGACCAGUCUGACUCACUCAAAAAGCAGUAUGGUCUCAAAGCAGUUAAAAGAAAUAGGCUUCAUACAGGGAUUUUGCUGCUUCAGAUUCAUGUCAAUGUCUUCACAGCUAGAAUGUAAGCUUCAGAAUUCUACUAUUAUAACUCAAUUAUAAUUUAAUUUGUCUGCAAUCUUGAUCCACAUUCAUAUCUUCCAAGACAGGCAGUUAAUGAAUAUUACAUUCUUCAUUUAAUUAUCUCUCUCUCUCUCUCUCUCUCUUUAAAAGUCUUUGCUGAUGCUCUGUUGGAAUACCAGAGGUUGAAGUAAGUGCAGUACCAUAUUGAUGGUGCGCGCCCAGCAUGGCUUGCAGUGGUAAACACUAACACAAACAAUUCCAGGUACUAUUUUCUAUCACUAUUGUCACAUGGACAAAUAGUAAUGGUGAUGGAUAUGAAACAAUUUGUAAAUGUAUUUACCGGUUUUACCCUUACUUUUUACUACAAAGGCAAGUGGCGGUUGCUGAGAAAAGUGAGUAGCCUACUCUUUCAUUGUUUCUUCAUUAUUUUAUUUAUGUACACUGGAAUGAUUGAAUGAGCUUCCUAUGGCUGAUUCAAGGGAGUAAAUGUCCUUCUCAUUGCUUUAGAUCGGGCCAGGGUGACCAAGGGCCUACCAGAUGUGGUGGCUAUCAUGGAGAAUAAGGUAGGUGAACUAUGGGAAAUAAUACUGAUCUAUUAUCUGGUUUAUCAUGUUCCCUAGUACUUCAUUAUCCUUUUGCUAUGUUAGUAUUACGUCCGUUUUUUCAAGUGUACUGUUAGACCGAACUUUCAGAGUAGAAGUGCUGAUCUAGGAUCAGUUUAGCCCUUUAGAUCAUAUUGAAUACGAUUAAAUGGAUGGGGGGGAACUGAUCUUAAAUCAGCACCUUCUCUGAUACGUUUUUAAAAAAUAGCCUGCCUGCCCAAGUCAACAGUGAUAUUUAGUCAUUGUUCAUAUUUACAUUGACUGUUGUGAAUCAUGUCAUCUUAAUCUUCCUCUCCUCCUCAGUCUCUGUGCCUGACCUGCUUCGCUGACGGUGACCCCGCCCCAGAGAUGUUCUGGCUGAGGAACGACAAAGGCAUCGUCUCGGGGGGCCAGUUCAACAUCGCCAAUGAGAAUAAGUGCAGCACACUGACCGUCAACAAUGUGACUAGCGAGGACUCGGGCAACUACAGCAUCUUUGUGCGCAACCAGUACGGCACUCAGACGGUCAACGUGACCGUGAGUGUGUACAAGCACGGCGAGAAGCCCCCGCCCGAU